AUGACCAAACUGGAGCUGUUGAACGUGUUUUUGAACGACAGGCUGACAGCGGCGGCGCAGGAGAUCUUCCGCGCCGUCAAAGACACGGUGGCCGAGUACCAGAGCGAAAUCCUGCGGACUAAAGAGGAGAACGAGCGGCUUAAACGGCUCCUCAACGUCGCUGUUCAGCGGCUCCUGCUGCAGCCAGGUGAGACCCAGCUGCUGCUGCGGCACCUGUCGGUUGCUCACUCUGUUUAUCUCACCAAUGUCACUCCAUAUUAAUUCGCCCUUCUUUGAUGAGGUGUUAAGCGCAGGAAGGUUUGCGUGUGUUGGUGUUUCGGUUAAAUGAGUGACCCUGUCAACUGGUGACUUUUAACUGGAUGCGUCAGUGGUUGUCGUAGUAACGACAGCUGUGGAAAUAGGAAGAGUCCUUACAUAUGCUUUCAUGUUUAGUGUUUUAAACAUAGUUUUAAAGUUUAUUCAUAUAAAGUUUGCUCAAUAAAAAAAAAAAAAAAACUUGGCAGAAAGUAUUCACAAUGAUAUUUUCAUCAGUUGAUGUCACAACGGCACCCACGGAUAGAUUCAGCUGAAAGUCGCCAUUUAACUUGGUCACCCGUUACACCGGAACACCAGUGAACACAGCUGAUCUAUAAAACGAGAGCAUCACUUUCUUUAAAUAAGCACUGACAAGGUCAACUACUAAAGAAAUGGAUAAUUCCCCCAGAAAUCGUCUCAAAUACAUUUUAGAAACGAUAUACUUUUAGUCUUCACCAUGAUGCAGUCACACUUAUCACCCAAACACAUGUUUCAAGUUCAGAUUUAAUCUAAAAUGAGAUUAUGAAAUUAUUUGUAUCAUCCUUUCCUAAAAAAAAAAAAAAGCCAGCUUUAAAAUGUUUAAAAGCACAUUUUUGAUGUCAGCAGAUAUGAACAUUUCUGCUAAGGUGACACAUGCAAUGUGAGCUUGUGCACAUCAUUGUUCAUGCUGUUCAGAUAUAAUUUGAAGUGCUGUAAACAAAGACAAACUCACUUGUAAAGCACAGGUGAUGAAAGGCUGAACACUAAAGGCUUCUGAAAAGUAUGAAUAUAAAUGAGUCUGUGCGUGUGAAUGUCAGCAGCCUCUACUGCAACAUUCAAUAAGAUGAAAUAUAAAAUGUUAAAGGGGCUCAAUAAGAAAGUUAUCAUUCAAAUUCAACUUUAUUUAUGUGGCACUUUUCAUACAAAACAUGCAGUUCAAAGUGCCUCACAGAGGCUAAAAACAACAAUAAUAACGACAAUAAAACCCGACCCUCCCACCCACAAACACACCUAUGGACCCACACGCACACAAAGGCACCCACUCACCCAGUGGAGUUGUCAUCGACACUUGGGCUGGUAUCAGUAUUAGAGAUGCUCAGGUUAUGAAAUUCGAGCUGAUUCUGAUACUUUUGUGUGUUUUUAAAUGAGGUAUUUGAUGUAUUUCAGCAGUUGGUGGUCUCUCCUUUGAAUUCCCAUUCAAAUGUCUCUGGAACAUGUCUGUGUGCCACAAAUUCACCAGCAUGUUUGUAAUGUUUGUAACCUUUCAGAACCUCACUCUGUCUCUCUUCAAGAGGCACUCCAGCCCUCUGAGUCUGACUCUGAGUGGAGGAACAGUGUGGAUCUGCUGCCAAGAAUCAAAGAAGAACCAAAACUCAGAAAACUUCAAACAGACUGUUCACAAGAAGCCAGAGACUCCGAGGAAGGAAACUGUAGUCACACUGAGCCUCUGCAGAGGUCUCAGACUCCUCCAGCCCAGACAGUAUGUAGCAGACAGAGUGUUUCCCCACCUCCAGUACCACCCCAGGAAAUUAAAGUAGAGAGUGACAGCCGGAAGCAGCAGCCAGCUGUAGCGUCCUCUGUGGUGAGCGUUUUUUCAAACUGCAGAUCGGCCCAGCGUGACUUUCAGGACAGUACUGCGAAAAGCCCUAGGACUGAGAAACCAGACCUGCAGGUGAGAGGGAUACUCCGCUCCAACGGGAAACAGAGCACUCACAUAGCACAGAUAAAGAACGUGAGACCCCUGAAGCCACCUCUGCCUCGCUCCUCUCACCCGAGUCAGAGCAUGCAGAGGUGGCACAACUGCAAGGAGUGCGGAAAGGGCUUCAGCUUCGCCUGUCAGCUGGAGGUGCACAUGCGCUGGCACACCAAGGAGAAACCAUACAGCUGCGCAGUCUGCCGAAAGAGCUUCACCACAGUCAGCAUGCUGAAGAGACACCACCGCAUUCACACCGGGGAGAAACCCUUCAGCUGCCACGUCUGUGGGAAAUGCUUCAACCAGUCAGCCCACCUUAACACGCACUUUAGACUCCACACCAGAGAGAGAGCCGGCUGGAGCCGAGCACCGCACUCCAAGUGAAGCACACCGACCUGACUACGUGUAAACUCCGAAAAAUACUCCACAUACCAAAUGUCGGGUUCAAACUGUGUACAGUAAUGUGUUGACUGUGUGUGUGUGUUGAAUGUUGUGCAAUAAAGUGUAGUAAAAAACUCUCAAAAACAUUUAUCCUUGAGGUACUGUAUUUUUGAAAAAAACAAACAAAAAAAACAAAACAAAACAAAAAAAAUGAUGUUGUCAGUCUACACCCAAAAAAUAUAGAAACAACAAAAAUCUGACAGAAAAUACCAUAACAGUCAUCAAAGUGAAGGAAGACAACCGAUAAUAAUAAAUACAAUAACUAGAAAAGCACUCUGAGAGCGCAGACCUCCGCCAAGCAGCUCAUGUCCCCCCUUAUAUUGUGAUUCACACCAAAACGUUUACUGUUACGUGUCUUUUAUUAACGUUUAUUUGUGUUUAAACUGGUAUGUUCACUGUUCAUCAUGUUCCUAAAACAAGAAGUGCCCUGACCGGGAUUCCAACCCAAGACCUUCUGGUUGUGAGGUGACGGUGCUAACCACUACACCACUGUGCCGCCCAUCUACACCACUGUGCCGCCCAUUUGUUAUCUUUCAGCAUUGAAAAUUCCAACGACACCCUUAUUUUUGUGUGUUCUGGAUCACAGUAUCCAGAAUUUUGUCCGGAUCACCACCAAAAUAUAAUGGGAUCCUCCUGGGGCUGAGACGCACCUCUGGUGAAUUUCAGGUCAAUCCGUCUCUUACUUUCUCCGUAAAGUUGCUAACAGACAAACAAACAAACCAACGCUACCGGAAACAUAACCUACUUGGCGGAGGUAAAAAACGUGUUUCAAGAAAUACAUACUUUAGAAAACAAAAAUUAUUUACAUGAACUCUUAAGUAAAUAUAAUUCUUCGAAAGACUGCUAUAAAACAAAAAUAAAGUUGCAACUCAAAUGAAAAAAGAAGGCUUUAAGGAGAGACUUUAAAGAGAUCACUCACUCAGUUGACCUGAUCUCCUCACUGCAGUUGCUCUUUUGGUUUCAGUUCAGAUUUUGGCACACAAAGUAGACCAUUAUCCGAGGAGUUCAGUGUAAUGGUCUCAAACAGUACCAACGAGUCAAAAAUAUGGCUGACGCAAAAAGUGGCAAAAGUAAAAUACAAACGUCCGCUCCGUGUCCAGCAGUGAUGUCUGCCCAGUUCUUGGGUGCAAGUUUAGUUUAGUGAGUAGAGCAAACAUCUCACAUAGGGAAGCUAAGCCCCUUUACACACUGGCUGUAGGACUAAAUCUAUAUCCUAGUGUUGCACGGUGCAUGUACUCCCUUUUUUCUUCACCCGUAUUUAAAGGGAUAUUCCGGUGUAAAAUUAAGUUAGGGUCAAACACACCGUAACACUGAGUUAGUGCAGUGGUUGGAGCUGACCAUUUCCAUGAUGUAACAAUCAUCAUAAUAAUCAUUUUGCACUGCAGAUGCGGUAGUUCUGCAUUUCCAUGAAGUAGUGAUCAUAAAUGUUCUUCCUUGAGCUGCAGAACUCCGCUGUACUCAAUGAUUGACUCGUCAGGGCUCCCCCACAAACAAGCGGCUGCUGGAGGAGAAUGGGUGAGUUGUGUUUGGUCUCUUUGCUAAAGAAAUUAGGCAAAGCUAAAAAGAUGUUGUGGCUGGGACCCUAUAUGUACUGUUGAUGAAGUUAGGUGCUGUUCUGAGCAUUAUUUGUGGUUAUAUUUGUGGUGAGGUUUGUGCGUGGAGACGUAGACCGCUGUGUAUUGCUAUCGCACUGUCGUUACUAAAAUUGGUGUAACUAGAGAAGCAAGCUGUCGGCUACAUUCAUCUCUCAAGGGGCUGUCUGACUCGGUGUUACGGUGUGUUUGACCCUAACUUAAUUUUACACCAGAAUAUCCCUUUAAAACGAGAUGAGAUGAGUUAGGAUGGGAUAGAAUUAUAAUCUGCAUCAGCUUUAGUUUUGCCACCAACAUGUGCCCCCCUCCGCUAUCGUCAGUGAAAAGGGAUGAAUAUUAUCGUUUAUGAAACCCUGGAAUGCUGUGGUGUUCAGGGGCAUAAUGGGAGCAAAAAGUCAAUCCAUUCAUUCAUUCAUUCAUUUAUUCAUUUGUCCAUCAAGGUAACAUACAAAGCAUUCUGAACAAUAUUCCCAGGUGAAUUACAAAACUACCAUACAAUAACAUACAAAAAGACACAAUGCUAAGAUACAUGAUUCAAUAUGGUAAAACUCAAUUUGAAACCAUACAUGUAAUGUGAUGUGGAUAUAGUAUACACUAUGAUAUGUUGGGAUAGAACAGAAUAGGUUAGGAAAGAUAAGAUACAAUACAAUACUUUACAAUGAAAUAUGAUGUGAUACAACAUGAUACAAGACGAUACAAUACCACACACUUUAAUACCAUGCAAUAUAAUAUGAUACAGUAUUCCCAGUAUCAUAUCACACACUGGACACAAUAGGAUAAAUAAAUGACUAUAUUUGAGUUUUAUUUUGUUUUAUUUUGCUUUCAGUUGAUGUUUAUCUUCCUAGUUUCUUGUCAAAGGAGUCCUCCUGUCACAUACCCUCCUAAUUUCAAUGUUUAUUGCACCACAAAUAUAAGAUGACUGCAUGAACCUGUCCAGGAUAACCUUUUUUUUUUAAUCUAUCAUGGUAAGUGUUUAAAAAAGAUAUCUAAGAUGAUGAAGUUUGUUUUAAACAAAUCUGUAAGAAGAUCUGUGGUCAACAAACUAGGCUUAUCCAUGCAUAAAGUGAAAGGUUUAAGUUUUAUCUGGAUGCUUUUGUGCCUUUUUUCAGUUAUGAAACAUCAGAGACCCAGCCUCAUAACAGCAGAUUUUCAUUUUCAAGAUUAAAGUACAAUCCAUUUGGAGCUAUUUUUAGGUCAGCAGGGCAGAUGGGGUGAAUCUGGUUUUGGUUGAGUUUCCUAAAAUCUGCAUGAGAUUUGAUGGCAUGAGGGUUUAAAUUAUGGAGGCCGAAUUAAGAAGUGCACUCUUUUUAUAACACUCACUCACUCCCCACUGUGCACAAUGUCCAGUGACUAUAUUUGGGCGGUGCAACGACGAGUAGAGGGAGAAGGUUAUAUUCCUUUACCAAAAUGUUGAGCGCAAAUGUUUAAGACAAGUCGAAAUGUCUUCAUUAGAAUCGAUUUAGAUCAAUGAUAUGAUGAUAUGAUAUCUAGACUUGACAUGCAAGUUUACACCAAAAGUAUCCGUGUUGAUGUUAUUUCCUCCACAGGCACCAUCGAUCAUUGCAUCCUCCACCUGAACACCGAACCUCUGGGUACGUGAGGAGCGUGUGCACGCGGCGAAACAUCCGGGGAUGCGCGUUUGCGGACCAGAGAGAGAACAGCUGAAGGAGGGGAAGAGUGCAGAGAGUCCAUGAGAGAGAGAGAGAGAGAGAGAGAGAGAGAGAGAGAGAGAGAGAGAGAGAGAGAGAGAGAGAGAGAGAGAGAGAGAGAGAGAGAGAGAGAGAGAGAGAGAGAGAGAGAGAGAGAGAGAGAGAGAGAGAGAGAGAGAGAGAGAGAGAGAGAGCUGCACCGCAUUGACAGGAGACACAGAGUCAGAGGUCCGGUACCGCCGACUGCACAGCGGAGGUGGAGAGUUUUCUGAUGCCGCUGCGGAGCUGACGGUGUCCGGUGCAGCAGCGCGGAGAGGAGCGGCGGAGAAGCGCAGGUAAGCGGACACUUUCUACUUUCUGCUGAGGGGGCUCUGUAGUUGCAGCUCUAUCACGCUGACGCAGCGGGUGGUGUCCCGGUUCCGACUGGGCCGGACCGGGCUGACGACAAGAACCGAGCCGGUCAUAUAUAAGAGCAAGGCGGGAUGCUGCAGCUCCCGGUUCGGUGCACGGGGGGCUGGGACGUUGUCGCCCCGUGUCUCUGCGGUGUUUUCCGGGCAGCCGGCGCACACGGGCCCCCGCCUCUCUCUGCGCAUCUUCUGGAUGAUGCUGCGGUUUCGUGGGAUUUUUUUUUUUUUUGCUGCUCUGCGCAAAUCGCAGAUAAAGCCCCGAAAGUCCGGGGGAAAUGACUGGGCCCAUGCUCAGUGUGUGCAUCUGCAGAGGCCCGUGUGUGUGUGAUGUGUGAGGAGAAGUGUCAUUGCGGAGGACGAGUGAACGGGGACGUUUAAAGGGCUGUCAAGUUGGUGUUGUUUGGUUAGGCCCCGGGGCUGCACACAGGGUGAGUCAGGUCUGUCUGUGCGCUGGAUGUGGAUCAGGGCUCAUCACUGUGAGGGAGGAGACUCCAGGAAAAACAAGAGCUUUUAUAGACCAUCAUAUCAUGUCACACAGAGGACAACACACUCAAAUACACACCUGGAAACAUCGCACACUCCUACGAAAAAGUCCUGUGUGUCAACAUGGCUACCCACUGUGUGUUACUAAGCUUCACGAGCACAUUUAGUGGUGACCUUGUUGUGUUUGAGGGGAUUUAAUUUCUUGUUCGCUCAUUGUGACCUUAAAGAUGUUAUUUUUUACGAUCCUCUAACUUCCAAGCAAACAUUUCACUCAUGACUGUGAUUUAGAGGAGGUGUUUUUUCUCUUUGGUGUAUUUUUAUUACUGGUGCUUGUUUGUAAUGAACAAAUCCCAUCAUGUUGCUCCUUUAGUUCCAGGAUCAAAAGUUUCCCUCCUUUCAGAGACUGCAUAAUUCAUACUGCAUACUUCAUUUUUGUCACUUUUACUGGCUUAUUUACCCGUAUGGAGUCAUGUUUAGUUAUGUUGUGAUAAGAUGUUCCUUUUAUAGUCCCACGAGGGGAAAUUACCUUUACAUAUUUGACAUACUUCAAUCUGUUGAAAGUACUACAAUGUACCAGUUCAGCACAUGUUUGAUGUACUGUAUAUAACCAUAAUCUAGACCAGUGGUUCUCAAGUCCAGUCCUCCAGGCCCACUGUCCUGAUUCAAAUGAUUAGCUCGUUAUUAAGCCAUUACAGAGCUUGAUAACAAGCUGAUCAUUUGAAUCAGGUGUGUUGGAGCAGGGAGACAUCCAAAACAUGCAGAACAGUGGGCCUCAAGGACUGGACUUGAGAACCACUGAUCUAGACUACAACCCACUUUAUAACUAUUAUGCUAAAGGGAAGGGAGAUUUUAGUCUCAGUGCAUUAGCUUAAAGUUUAAGGACACACAUAAAUAUAACAGAAAAAAUACAAACACAUAAUGAGGAAGCUCACAGGGUGCUUCAAGUGACCAAAGAGCAAAAAUAAGAGGCCCCAAGCAAAGAAUAAAACACUUUGUGUCGUGCACAUGAUCCAUGUAGUUUUAAGAAAUACGCAACUUCUCCAUUGUGGAUAAAACUGGGGAUCUACCAAGACUCUUAAAUCCAGAAAGUACAUAUUAUGUUUUCCACAAAAGGGAAUUAGGAAUAAGAAACACAUUUGAAGGAUCUCAGAGAAACAAGUUAUUGUUUGUGCAUAACUUAUCUUGAGCCUAAAACAUGACUAUUUUAUACUUAAAUGAUAGUUUCAUUGCGCACGGAAGAUCAUUUUAUGUCUUUUUAAAUAUACUGUGUGCACAAGUUAGGAAAUAUCUGACCUUAUGACUUACUAUCUUGCACCAACAAGUUAUCUAAUGCACAAAUGAUAAUUACACUGUGUGCAAAAGAAAUAUGAAUAGUUCUUUUUUUUGCACAAGCUGAUUAUCUUGUGUGCAAAUGUUUUUAUCUUGCGAACACAAGAUAAUAAACAUGUUUCUAGAAAAAUAUGUAUCUGUAAUGUACACUUGGAUGUACAAGUUAUUAUCUUGUGCACACAGAUACUGGACUUGUUCUUUUUGUUGCACAAGAUCUGUUGCACACCAAAAAUAUUAAGCCACUUCAACCAAUUGAUUUAAUUAACUUGUGCCCACAAGAGGAUUAAUGAUCAUCAACAUUUAACAACAUUUAUGAUAAUUUCCUUGAAGUAAUAAUCACCAUAUUAAUCAUUUUGCACUGCAGACGCGGUAGUUCUUCUGCCUCAGUCUGAUUGCAUUUCCAUAAAGUAAUAAUCACAAAUGUUCUUCCUUGAGCUGCCAAACUCUGCUGCAGUCCGUAAUGGACUCAUCUGAAGUCUCAUGACAAACAAACAGCUGCUGGAAGAGAGUAGGUGAGUUGUGUUUAGUCUCUUUGCUAAAGAAACCAGGCAAAGUAAAAAAGAUAAUUGAUGACUAGUACUAUGGCUGGGACCCUAUAUGUCCUGUUGAUGAAGUUAGGUGGUGUUCUGAGCGUCAUUUGUGGCUAUAAAGUGGCUUUUUGGUUGAACAUGUGGCUCUCUAUAUUGCUAUCUGCGGUUGUUACUUAAGUUGGUGUAACUAGAGAAGCAAGCGGUCAGCAGCAUUCAUCUCUUGAGGGGGUGUCUAACUCAGUGUUACGGUGUGUUUGACCCUAACUUAAUUUUACGCCGGAAUAUCCCUUUAAGUGUGCACAUGGCAUUUAUCUUCUGUGUUGAGAAUAUCACUUAUUGGAAUGUCAGUGUGGUGAGCACAUGCAAAAACACUUCCCCAAAGAAUUUGACAAUUUACUGUCAAAUUAUGUCAUUAGACUUCAAAUAAGCCAAAUUUAGCUCGCAGGUUAAAAUCUGAGACAAGUUUUUUCAAGAUAUCAGGGGUAAAACACAAGGUCAAAUUCAUGUAAAUGCAAGUGCAGCAAACGAAUGUACAUCUUAAAACCACAGAUUCAAGAUUAAUGAUGUUGAAAUAUUUGUUGUACUGGCAGCUUUUCUGAAUCCCUUUAAGCAUUUCAGACCUCCUUUUUUAUAUGUAAUACUUUAAAAUAUGACGUGACACUGCAAUAACUCGAAACUAAGCAAAGGUUUUUUCUCUACAUGUAUUACUCGAAAAGAAUUUUUUCAUUGGAAAUCAUUGCAACUCAGGUCUUAUUUUGGCUUUCAAUAACUUGGACAAUACGAUAAUCUGAGUUUUUGAGGUGAAUGUGGUUUUAAGUGAUAUGAGCUAUUUUGAUGCAAAAUUAGACAGACAGUGAUUAAGAGUUGAGUUUUUUGCAGUGCAGCUCAAAUUCUUGGACAUUUUUCUGCUGUUUAGCGUAGAGUAUGGUCAUGAACAGGUUGGUAAAUUGGAGUUCUGUGAUGGAUGACGGGGAGACGGUUUUCACCUGCAGUAUUUCUGAAUCCUCUUUUUGUGGCUUUGAUCAUCCCACAGUGAUCAUGUUUAAGAUCUGUGUUGGUGUUUUUUGCUGUGGCUGCGUAACUUUAUAGAAGGCUUUGCUUAUUGACUUGUGUAAUGAGAGCCUAAUGCAUGUACUCAGCCAUGGUAGAAGAUUGUGUACGUGUGUGUAUGAGAGUGUGUGUGUGUCCCUGCUGAAUAACAAAGAGAUUAAAACGUAAAGCCUGCAGGACAGCAAAAGGAGAAAGGGUUGAACUCGCUGCAUGCUCAUUUUCCCAGCAGAGGACAUCUGAAGAGCAGGAUGAAACAUCAAUUUUCAGAGUUUACUCACAGUUAUACAGUCUUUUUUUCUCGUACUUGACUCCAGAGUGGAUUGAUUUCACUGAUUAUUGGAUGAAACUUGACUAAAAGAUGUUAGUGAUGCAAAAAUCUAUUUGUUUAAAAUCAUCUGCAGUGUAAUGAUGUAGUUUAACAGUACCAUGAACUAAAUUAUAGGGAUAAACAAAACCUCAUUUACGUUUCCUGAAGCAUAUUAAUCAGUGUGUUCUAGUUAUUGGACACAUUUCAGGACUUGCAGCCUGUAAGAAACAUAGCUGGCUGUCUUUUUGGGAAAACUGGUCGGGAAAUUUUCCUUCAAAUGAGCAGAAGACAUGCAGAGUAAAUGUGAGCAGCAGUUUGGCAUGGACUUAGCUCUGGUCCUGCAGCUGUAAAGGACUGUAAAGGUGAAACUGGCUGCUCAGCAUUAUCCACACAACACAGCAAGUCAUGAAGUGUACAGUAUAGUCAGGCUGCAGACAUACAGACACAAACCAGCCUCAGUGUGAUCAUCUGCGGACACCGGGAUAAUUCUUACAUCUGUUACCUGCUGUGUUAAAUGCUUGAUACUGAUUGGUCAGAAUCCUGUUACAAUGGUGAUUAACUCUCAGCAGCAAAAUCAACAUCAGGGACAAUCUGAUGACUCACCUCAUAUGAAAUCAAUGUGCAGGAAGAGGUGGUAAUGUCAGGGGUUUGAUCCUGGCUCCUGCUGUCCUCAACAAGAUAUCUGGCUCCGCCCAUCCUUGAGGUGCACAGCGGUGUGUGAAUUGAAGUAGUCAAAAACCAAUGGGCUCAGUGCAUAGCAGCCUCUGGUGUGAUUGGGUGAAUAUUAAGGCUGGGCGAUAAACUAGACAUUUCCCGAUACUGUAAUUUAUGGCAAUAACUGACGUCAUUUUGCCCAUAUUGGUAUAUUUGGUGUCAAAAACAUAAAUAAAUAAAAGUUGGUUUUUGAUGUGUGUAGGUAGGCUAUGGUCUCAUGUCCCUCAAAGACGCUGUCCUGCGUCAGAGACGUGACUCCACCCCAUCCAGUCCGUAACAAAGAGGGAAAGACAGGAGAUGAGAUGGAGGACGGUUCAAAAGUUGUAGCGGUUGGAGCGGCGGCUGAAGUAGACAAAGUUAAUGUGGGAGGGGGUGAGAAGAUUGUGGAGUAGUUAUCAUCCAUUUAUCAUAAUCAAGGUGAACUUCCCAAUAUAUCGUGAUAUUGAUUUGAGGCCAUAUUGCCCAGCCCUAGUAAAUGUGACAUGGGAUGUAAAAGUGUUUUGAGUGUUCAGAGGACGAGAGAAAGAGAGUUAUAAACCGAGUCAAUCAGCGUCUGUCAUUUUUGGCCAAAAUCUCAAAGUAACAUGAAUAUUUCUUUGAAGUGAACAUUCUUCACUCAGCACUCGCUGAGUUCACUUGUUGUGCAUGUGCUCUGACACUCCUGAAGGUCGUGCACAAUGCUUUAAUCGGGUAUCCUGACUUUGGAGGAUACUCUCGAUGUGGUUCUGACAUGAAUCUUUUACUGACUUUCAAGAUCAAGUUGGAUGCACUUUUACUUUCUCAAAUGUAUGCAAAUGUAUCUUGGAGUUUUCUUGUGGUGAAAAAAGGAAAAGAUGUUUUAAAUUUCAGUAAUGAAUUAAUUCACAUGAAACAGUGAAUAACAGAUUACUUUGAGAACAAACAUAAAAGGAUAUAUUAAAGCAAAAAGUAAUAUAAGUACUGUGAGAGGCUAUUGGGCUGACUAGAAGUGUAAAGUUUUUACCAGGUCAGGACAGAUUUUCCCUCCUGGUGAAGAAGCUCAGGUUCAGCCUGACUUUCUGGUUCUCUGAAGUACUCAAGCAGAGGUAAGACCUUCUGUCAGACAAACACAUCUCUGAAUUUGGAAAUAAGUGACAGGCUGUAGAUAUCUUCAUCUCAGGGGAUAGAGCAGGUCCUCCUGCUGUUGAAAGAUGGGCUGUUUGAUCUCCUCUGUCCUCAGGCAAGAUACUGAACCUCAGCCUGCUCCACAAGAGAGGGAGAGAGCAUAAAUGUGUGUUUUCUCUGGGUAAUCUGGGUGCAGUCUGAAGUUUUUUGUGGUGGGACACAUGUACAAGUCCAGUUAAUUUACUCCUUAUUUGGUCAUUUAAUUCAGGACAGAGCGGCUGAUGCAGGUUAUGAAAGAACAGGUCAGCUGAUGGAAAAAAUACUGAUGUCAGGUGGUUCAAAAUACUACUACUACUACUCCCAAUGAUCAUGGUAAUGGUAUUCAUGAUAAUAUAAAAUAUCCUCCAGGGACUACCAAAAUUCUGUCCAGCCUUUGUCAUUUUAAAAAUGAUAAAAAUGAUUAAGAGUAAGUAUAGAAAAACCACAGAACGUAAAUUUAGAAAAUCAUUAUUUUAUAAACAUUGCAACCUAAUAAACAUGGUCAUCUCAGCCGGUUACAUGAUUGACUGUUAAUUUAUUAUAGAUUACAGAUAUAGAUUUUAAAAUAUGACUUAAAUUUAAGUUGGGCGCAACCUUGAACUGCAUUAUUUUUAUACAUCAUUCAUCAGAUUUAAUUUGUUGUAUUUUAGGGUGGAUAAUGUAAUAGCCUACUUUAGGAAAGAUGGUGGUAACAUCAACUUUGUGAGGGCCAAUGCCAAAGUGAUGCCAAUUAUUUCAAAAUGUAAAUAAUCAGCCUGGGUAAUGGUCGACAGAUUAAUUGGUGUGUCUCUAUUUAAUGUGAAUGCAUCAUAGCAGUGCAAAUAUUUAGAUUCCUUUUUGUAAUGCCAAACAGUGUCUGAACUACACAAGUCGAGUGAAGUCAAUGUUUAUUUAUACAGCACAUUGAAAAACAAUUGCAGUUUAACCAAAUGCUAUACAAGUCACACUAUCAAAGACAAUUAUGGGUUAAAGACGCUGAAAACACAAUAAGAAGUCAAUAAAUAAAAACUAGUUAUGAGAUAUUGUCAUACUCAACUUGUAUUAAAAGCUAAGUUAUUGAACUGUGGAGGGACUAAGCACUUUUAAUAUACAGUAUAUAAAAGCAGCAAGUAACAUCUGCAGACACUGCAGGCAGCAGUUGGUGUCACUGCCAGUGAGUAAUGUUAAAAUCCCCUAAAAUGAUGAAAUGUUUUUCUUCUCAAUGACAGUAAAUCUAGAACAGUUACCGGCUCAUGUUAAAUAUUGAUUAUAUGAAGAUAUAUGCAGAUUGAUGUGUCAGACAAAAGUAUCAGUAUCAUAGAAAUAUGUGUUUCUGAUUCAUGAACUCAUGCUGACUCAGUAAGAUCCAAUCUGGUGUAUUAAUCUGUAAUUUGAAAGGAAUAAUGGGUGUAAUUGUCAUGAAAUUUUGGUGUUAAUCAAAUGCAAAAUCAAAACAUAAGAAAAGUACAAUAACAUGAUAGAGGCAUUAUAAUUUCACCAUCAGCUGACCAGCUCUCUGAUUAUCAUCCGUGUCUGUACAAAGCUUAUCAUAGGAGGUUCUUGACAGGAAAGAUAGAUCUAUAAGAAGAGUCAGUGUCACCAACGAAGGACCAUCUUAUGUGUAAAUGACAAACAGUAGAUGACACACUGCAGCACAGUGUGAACAGGAUAUUAAAGCAGCUGAAUCCCUCUCUGUCCUGACUGUCUGUUGCUGGUUUCCAAACUGAAAAUGGGCCACAGCACUGUGGGAGCAGCAGAUCUACAUCCUGGCCUGCUUCUGGAUCUAAUAUGUUUUUCCACCAUGAAUUAAAGAUGUCAGGGAUGUCAGAACAUCUUCUGAGUUUCUGUGACCUGCAGCGAUGCUUUGUGUGCAGGGCUCUGGUGGGUUCAUGCCAUCUGCCAGCAGUGUUUUCAUGGUCGGUGGGCUGCUGUAUGAAAGAGGAAUAAGACUGGCUUAAAAAUGCAUCCCCCCUUCUUCAAAAACACACACACACAAACACACACUCAUCCAGCUGCAGAACGAUAUGUGUGUGUUUCCUUUACUGUGAAACAUGACCCUGUGGUGUCAGGUGUCAGCAGUUUGACUGACUAUCAGAUGAAUGACAGGAGAGGAAGCAGAGGGGCUGUGAACCCUGGAAAAAAACAACAAGAAAAUAUGUCAGGCUUUCUAAAUCACCUGAGGAGACAAGUCUGACUUUUCUUCAGAGGAAACGUUCUCUAUGAUGUGUUCAGAAAACAUUUAGAAGUAAGAGGUAGCAGUAGAGACAUGCCUACUUUUUUAAGCAUUGGUAUCUGGUAUGAGAGACUCCAGUACGGCCCCUGACUGAAGAAUUUCCAAGAUCACCUGUAUUUCCUAUUUUUGGCCUCAGGUCAACUACUUUUGCUCUGUUUCAGGAUUACUUUUAGAGUUUUUCAUGCUUAUAAUAAGAGAUGGGAUGGCAGACAGGCACAGAUAGAGAACAGAGGGAGUAGGGGAAUUAAAUAUAUAGCAGAUAUAGUGAUGCACAUUGUUGCAGCACUAAGUAUUUCAGCAGUUGUAUGUUCUUCCAGUGCAUUCAUUAUUUCUGUGCAUAAAGCUCAUAUAGCAGCAAAACUUACUGCAAAUUCGUAAAUAGAUCCUCACUCUGCUAAAAAACAAUUCAAUAAAAACAAAUAAAUAAAACAACAAUUUUACUUAAUGUCUGUUUGCAUGUUUUUAUACUUCAUACUCAAAGGCUAUCAUGCACACACUUCUAUGUCCUCACAUAGGCCCACACUUAUACAUGACUUGUUUCACACAGGGUGUUAAUGCUGGAAAAUUUGAAAAACAUGUAGUCCAUUUAAUAUUUGCUGUUCAUCAAAACUGUUCUCGUUGUUUGAAAUAAUAUCCAUGUUAUUGUCUAUUGUUGUAGAAACUGUGUGCAAAAGGGUGAAAGAAUCAUGAUGAGUGGAAACAGGUGUGUAAAUGGUAGAGGACGUAAAGUCUAAGUGCCCUGGUCGGGGAGUUUCAGAGAAAAGGUUACGAUAGCGAUGGUGCUGCAAUUUUGAAUUGAUCCUUUUAGCCGUAGUGAGUUCAUGGUGUUUUACAAGACGAAGUUCUUCAGCCUGUGAUAAAGAACAAAGACAAAGAAAAGAGGUCCUGCUGAUGUGAAAUAUCUCAGUAACUAAAACCCUGUAAUAAUUUCCCUUAAGCUUCUCUUUGAAACUCUAAGCUCUCUCCUAAAGCUUUUUAUUUUAGCACUGCUGCAGUUUAAGUGUUUGUCCAGCAGAUGUCAGUAUUGUAACACACAAUAUGUGUCAUUUCUGAGCACCAAGACACCCAGACGUACUGUGACUCAGCCUGAGCAUCUGUGUUUAUCCUUCAGUCUGGGACAUUGGUUAGACUGACUUUACUGUAAAUGAUGAUGCGUGUGCAAACACUCGGUCCGUUUGGGCUGAACCCACAGAGAUGCAGGAAAGAGUUUAGAUUGUUUUGUUUUAUUGUUGUCAUUAUGGAGGGUUUCAUAAAGUUUUCAUUUUCAAGUGGAAAACCUUAUUUAUUAAUCUCUCAACACAGUUUCAUCUUAUAAAAUGACCAGUCAAAGCCGCUUUCAUUUUCUUGUGAACAGGCUGACACAGUGGGUGGUGGUGUGUGUGAUCCCACUUAUAUGAUAGUAUUUGGGCCACAUCAAAGACAUUUUUGUUUUAACAUUUUUAAGAUUCUAAAUACAAGAUUAAAGUCAUAAUGUUACAAGCGUAAAUUGUUAUUAAAGGAGAUUAAAGCCCCUGUGAGGAACUUUUAGUUCGUGUCAGUUUUGGCGCCCCCUCUGGACAAAACAGUCACAGGUUACAUUGUCCCCAACAUGCCAAAUCAGCGACUUUCAACAAAAAAAGAUCUUACCCUGCUGACUUUCAAAGGUCAAACAUAUUUUAUAUUAUUAAGUAGAAAUUGCAAAACAGGUAAUUUUCCUCAUGCUGUUCAGCUGACACCCACCUCCUCAGUUUCAGGUGCAAAAAAUUUCAUUAAAUACUUUGUCACUUAUGUCCCUCAUGGUGUUGUUUGCUUUUGGAUACCAUGAUUGAGGACCAGUAUUAAUUUUAGUUUAUCUCAUUAACAUUAAAAAUUUACUCGUAGGUGCUUUAAAGUCAUAUCGUUAUGAGAAUUAAGUUGUAGUCAAGUCAUUAUAGUGCAAAAUAAGAGUUGUUAUUCUACGAGAAUUAAAAUCAUUAUAAGAAUAAAUUUGUGAUGAAGUCAUGCUUUUAGUUAACGGUGAGCAGCCAGCAAUUUUCUAUAGAGUAGACCUACAACUCCUUUGUAGUCAUGAGAUAAAGAGAAGACCAAAUGCAGCUGCAACAAGCCGUUGCAAGAGUAAAAGUAGCAUCACCACUGUGGACGUUUUUCCACUGUGUACAAAACCUUCUGCAGAAGUCCAGUUGUGAGUUAACAACUGCAGAGAGUGUAGCAGAGACAACCCAAAGCAAGAGCAGUCAGUGAACUUACAUUUCUCUGAAGUGGAGGACCAAAGAUUUUACCGAAUAAUGGUGUGUUUGGAACAGGAUCCUGAGACAUAUCCCUGUCUGCUCUGUAUGAUGUGAUCCCUGCACACAUUCACAGUCUGAUCCACAAUGUGAGUGACAAUCUAAAACUACACAUCUUAAAAUACAAACACAUUAGUACAUGACAGAAACCUCAUUAGUGUCAGAGCAGGGUACUAUUGGUUACAGCUAAAAAAUCCAUAUUGUGCAACCUAAGUUUGAACAGCUGACAGUAUUGGGUGUGAAAUCAGAGGUUUUGUCCCAUGGUGGUAGCUACUCAUGUUGUUUGAGAGGCUGCUUCUCUCUUUACAGGAACACACAUUAAUUACAAACAUGUCACACUGGCCCAAAAAUAAAACAGAGUCUUUAAAAACCCUUUAUUAGUCGAAGUGCAGAUCAUAGCGUGUGUGUGUUAUGCAGCGCACACAGUCUCAGCAGAAGCCAUAUGGCUGCUUUCCCAGUGAUCCCCUCUCCUGGCUCACAGUCAGCCAAAUGGAGCCUCCAGUGCAGAUGGGACUCAGCCAGCCCAGGUGGAUUGUGGGUAGAAUCGGGCGGUGCCCAGUGAUGGGUAAAUUAAUUCUGGAUUAGGGAAGCCCACUGGCAUUACUAUGAUCACCUGGCAUGUUGUGUCUGUUAAGGUAUGUGUUUGUGUGUGUUGCUAACCCGGUGCAGUCGUCCUCAUGAGUUUUCAUGUCUCACCUGAGUUCAGAUGUAGACUGAACUGCAGUCUGACUCUGCCUGAGGUGCAGACAUGGAGCUCAGAGAAGUCAUUCAGUCAGAGGAUGAAGCUGGGAGUUAUUCCUAUUAAUCCACUAAAUGUUGCUGACUGACAGAAGUAAAUCCACUAUGUUGAUUUGUGCAGAAAUAAGAGCACCGCUCAGCAGUUUAUCAUAUGGUCAUGACUUCUUCACAGCAGUACAAGAAAAGAAAACCUUGCAUAUCCAUCUGCCUUUUUUGCCUCUCUGCUUUUGCUUAAUUAAGCCAUGACUCUGAGUUUAAUGGAACCACCUGACUCUGGCUAAGAUGGGUCUGUGCACAGCCCUGUUUCCAUUAACUAUCACAAAAAAGCACUAUAUUAUAUAGAUAUGUUCUGUUAAUUUAGUCUUCUUCUCUUGGUUUUAUUUGUGCAUUUUGUGUGUUUUUCCUAGUGUUUCUGUUCCCCAUGUAGUCCAGUCUUUUGAGUUUACAGUUUAUGUUUGACCCUGUUUCCCUCCUGUUCUCAGUGUUUUAUUCUUUAGAUCAGUUUUCAGUGUUUCCUGUUUUAUUUUGUAGUAGUUAAUUCCUUGUGUUUCUAGUCUUGCUUUACUUCCCUAGUUUGCCCUCCUUCGUUAAUCACCUGAGUUUCACCUGUGUCUCGUUAGCCUCACCUGUGUCUCGUUUGCCUCACCUGUUGCUCGUUUCCCAGCGUGUGUAUAAUAGUCUCUGUCUUCCCCUCUGUCUUGGUUGUUUCAUUGUAUGUCGAUGUGUAUGCUUGUGUCCCCUGUUGCUCCCUGUAUUUUAGCCCCAGUGAUUUUUGUGGAUUUUUCUCCUUUGUUGCUUUUUUCAUUUAGUUCUUUUAAUUAAAUCAUUUUUUUGUUCUGCAUUUGGGUCUUUUUCUUUGUUUAACCCUGCACGUCAUGAUAGUUGUAUGGUAUUACACCAUAUUGUACUAAAUGUUAUCAGAUGGUUUUGGAUCCCCUUGGAUAUGUAUUGUUUUAUUUCUCACUUUAUGUAUUCAUAUUAUAUGAUAUUGUAUCUGUUAUUUAAUGUCAUAUUAUAUUGCAGUGCACCAUAUACCACUGAACUAUAUGUAUCAUACUGUAUUGUGUGUCACUGUGUGAUUGUCACUUCUUUAAAUGGUAAAUUCCAUUUUGCAUCUUUGCCGUUACACAUAAUUCAGCCUCACGGCAUUUUUCCAUGCAGCUUUAGCAGUAAGUACUGUCUGUUUGCAGUUUGUCCAGUAACUUCAUCUAAGAACUGUAUGUAACCUUAGCUGCAGUGAAUAUUGAUGCAGUUGGUUUGGUGCAUGUGCAUUUCCUUUUAUUUGAGUCAUCAGUUAUAAUGAAACAAAUCAAAUUUCCAGGACAGAGAGACUCGGAGAGAGUUUUCUUGUUUCCUCAGGUUCUUCUUUUGGUGCAAACAGCUGUUGCAGAUCAGAUGAGUUUGUUGAAUAGACCUUAUCUCCUCUGAUAUUUAAAACAAAAACCUCCUGAUGUUCAGACAGGUGCAUCUUCAUCUUUGUGUCUCUGGCUCUCCUCUCCUGCAUGCACUACAUCAUCUCCCCCUGCGGCGGUGUGUCGAUGCCAAAACCUUUUUUCUUUCCAUCCUUUUGCGGUUCCUCUCAGGUUACCUGGGCGGUUUCUUCAAGUGUCCAUCAAUUUUUUUCUUUUCAGCAGCUUCUAUUUUUAAACCUCCAGCACAGAAGCUUGUGUUUCCUCAGAGGGCACAGAGGUAUGAGAGAGGCAGAACAGAGACAGAGAGAUAAGAGGGUGGACGUAGGAGAGAGAGGAGAAAGAAGAGAGAGAGGAGACAGAGGUACACAUGAAGCUGAUGGAAACAGUAAAAACAAAGAUUGUGAGUGUCUGGAGUGAAGGCCGGUGGCACAGCGGUGUCUGGCUGACUGCCAGGUGGAGAGGAUAAAUGGAGGAUGGAGAGAACAGAGGGAGGGAGGGAGUCCUGGAGUCUGGUACUGCUCCAGGCUUCGGGUUUCCACUGAGACCACUAACUGGAAGGAGAGAAAACAGGGAGGAGAGAGUCUGACAGACUGAUUCUAGCUCUUGUGUUUUGUGAUUAAUGCUGUUUCAUUCAAGCAGAAAUUAAUAAAUAACCACUGACUUAAAAAUGUUACACUUAAAGGGAUAUUCAGGCAUAAAUUUAAGUCACGGUCAAACACACCAUAACACCGAGUUAGACACCCCAGAGAUGAAUGUUGCCGUCUGCUUGCCUCUCUAGUUAUACUAACUUUAGCAACAACCGCACAAUAGCAAUACACAGAGGUCUACGUCUCAACGCGCAAACUUCAACCAAAAAGCCACUCUAUAGCCACGAAUAAUGUUCAGAACAGCAUCUAACUUCAUCAACAGUACAAAUAGAGUCCCAGACAUAGUACUAGCCAUCAAACAUAUUUUUAGCUUUGCCUUAUUUACCUUGGCAAAGAGACUAAACACAACUCAUCCACUCUCCUCCAGCAGCCGUUUGUUUGUGGGGGAGCCCUGAUGAGUUGAUCACCGAGUGCCGAGUGUCUAACUCUGUAUUAUGGUGUGUUUGACUAUAACUUAAAUUUACGCCGAAAUAUCCCUUUAAGUGCUGUGAGAAAUUCUGUUUUUAAAAUAGUCUCACUCUGUGUCUCUUCAAGACCUACAGGGUUGGUUAUUGCACUGUAAUGGUUUUGGUGCAUGUGUUUAGGUUGGAUUUUCUGUGAAAUGUGGUGCUACCUCGUGGACCAAUCACAGAGCUUGUGUAGCUUCAGUGUAGGUACACAACUACCUGAAUGUACAGUAAAUACUACAGUGGAGAUUUGGUGUUGAUGUAUAAAUCAGGCUUUAAUUUCUUCUUUUACUCCUUUUGUAAAUUUGUCUCUUGGUUUAAAUGAGAUUAUCAUCCAGAGGAGCAAGUUUAAGAUGAUCGGUUAUGAAUUAUUUUACUCUCUCAGUCAGACAGCAUCAUAUCAGAGAUGAAGGUCUUCCACUGGACCAGAUCCGUUUUUAGAAACCCUCUGGUUUGGGCUUCAUGUCUCCAUGUAAUGCUGGAGGAGACAGAGUGAGGAAUGAUGAGGAAAGAUGGAAGACAAAGGUCAUAUCUCUGCUCAGUCGAUUCACACUAAAGAUUUUCUAACAGCUCUGCCACAGGCUGCUUUCUAAAUGUAGUCGCUGUGAGGCUCAGAUUAAAAUACAGUCAGCAGAUCUGAUCCUGCGAGACAGACCGUCUGGAUGUGUAGAGGCUGAAAUUAAGACACAAUUUAUCGUGAUAAUUACAAAGUGAAGAUCUUAUUUGUUUUUCUUAAAUCUACUUUUUGUCAGAGCAUCUUAUCAUUGAGUCAUAUUGGUGUAAAGAGGUGUGCCUCAAGUGAUACUAGUGCUGCAUCAAAAACAGGCUGAGAGAGCUUGUGAUGUUUCAAUCAUGUUCACUUUUUUGUCAUUUUGAUUAUAGUCACAGGUGCAUCUUUAUAGUUGCCAUAUGAUAUAUAACUUUAACCUGUUUUUGCUCUUUUAAUUGUCUGUAUUUCACUUAUCCUUGAGAAGAACAGAUGUAGUCUAUGUGUUGUCUGUUGGUUAUUAGUGCUGCUUAUGCGCUCCAGUUUAAAUUUCAUUCAUGUGAAAAAAUCCUGACGAUUCUGUGACACUUUUGCAUUUUGACCACUGUAGUAUUUUCCUCUAUUUCUGCAUCUGUGAGCGUGUUCGUGCGUGCCUUGCAGCGUGACAACAGUGGGCCAUGCAUAUGCAUGAAAUGCGGCACUGACACAUGGCCUCUUCGGCUGUGAUAAGGACAUAAAGUAGGAGAAACUCUCCUCUGAAAAGUUUCUACAGAAGUUGACAUGCAUGCUAAACAGGAGUGCUCUGACCUAAUUUGAUCUCUGCUGAAACUUAGCAUGUCGAUCUACCUUCUUACCAUUUGAGGUGUCAAGACUUCAACCAAUUUAAAGUGUAUUUUGCUUUCUUUGGGAAAGACGUGGUGCUAGCUGCUGCAUUACUUAAUUAACCCAACCAAACUGCCUCCAGAAUGAUCCUGUCAGCUCGCAGGUUGUUCUUGGUGGGAGUAAGAGCAGAAAUCCUGAGUAUCUGUUUAUUUGAUCAGGCAGCUUUACUUUGACUAUAAUGGCAGUAACUUUAAGAGAAGAAAUAAGACACAUUAACAAAGCUAUAAAAGCUGAAUUAUCUGUAUACUCCUGGCUCAUCAAGGGCCUACUUUCCUGCUCGAGCCCCAGAUAGUCCUACCCGCUGUUCUCCUCAUUCUGAUGCCCCUGCUGGAGAAAGUGUAUUCUGCAAUGCAAACAGACAGUGUUACAUCUUGGCACGGUUAUGAAUAACAGACAUGACUUAGCUGGACUUACACAGCUGAUAUUUCUCCGAGGAGUUGGUUUCAUCCUCCUAAUGCUCGGCCUGUUUAGCCUCAUAUCAGAGCCAAUGACACUGCCCUCUUCCUGUGAUAUCUGCCUCUAUGUUCACGACCAAAACCAAACUUCUACCAGAUCUAUGUUCGGUCUGUCUCUGCUCUGAUCUAUUUUGACUUUGUGCCCCUUUGUCUGUCAGCACCUCCCUGGCUCUGUUUUCAGAGUUAAACCUGCUGUUGUGACCUGACAGGUGUGCAGGUAAAGUGGCUGAAAGAUAAAUACGGGAAAAAUCUUUGAUCCCUUUUUCUUAAAUUUAAUCAAUCGUUCCCUCUUGCAUCUUUUCUUUUUAUCUCAGUCUUCAAUUAGCCAUGCUCUCUCUCUCUUUCUCUCUCUGUCUCUCUCUCCGUGUGAGUGUGUGAGCGAUGACUGAGGACAGCUCCUGGCUAUAAGUGAGGAAGCAGAUGCUGUGGUCGUGCAGAGGAAAUGAGCCUCAUUACAAAGGCUGCAUGGUUAAUCUAUAACCCGCUCUGUCCACUUUUAUCACCUUCAGCUGAGCGAAAAUCUGCUCUUCAGCUCAUCAGACGCUCUUUGUUCUCUUUUACCUCUCUGUGUGACUCUUAACAACAACAACAACUCAUCAUGGUGCUGCGGGAAACUCAAGCUGUUGCUCAGGUUUAUGACUUUAAGUUAUUUGCGCAACAUCUGUGUGUGUGUGACAUGGUUAUUUUGGUUUGUUUUCAAAUGGAACCAGUUUAUAUUGUUUCUACUGUUAAAAGUAUGCACACUACAAACAUUUUGAUGGAUCCUUCCUCCAUAAAAAAGCUUUGUUUGCAGGUUCACAUCAGAAAAAUACAAGAGUGUUGAUGUUAAAUACUCAUGACAGAGGCGGUAACCCCUCUAAACCAGGCCUGACUGUCACCUCUUGGGAGGUUCAACAGGGUCGUCCAUCAAAAAUGCCGUAUUUAUCUGACAGAGGCAAAAACCUAAAUAAUAUAAAACAAAUAUCCUGAACACUGAAAGUAACAAGAGCAGACAUAAACAUACAUGUUAGGAACAUCUCUGCCAUGCCUUGUCUCUGCCCGUCUAGAUACUGUUUGGUUAAAGAUGUUUUUAUUUUUUUUAAGUAUGCAGCUAAAACACAUAGUCCCUUAGAUUUGAUGCUUCACAGUUUCCAUGGUGACACUAUUUUUAACAGCUGACUUGUGAAUCAAUCAAUUAAUCAAUCGAUUAAUCAAACUUCAUCUACAAAGCCUCAAUUCACAACAAAUGUUAUCUUAAGACACUUGACUGGUCUAGACCAGACUCCAUUUACAAAGACAUAGUUUACAGAUGAUGAUUUUUUUUUAUUUAGCUCCAUCCUGUAAGAGCAGACCCACUCCCAUCCCCUAAUUUUCAAACACAUGGGUGAAACACUUUAAAGCAUUUAUCAAGUUACAGUGGAGAGGAAGAACUUCCUUUAACAGGCAGAAACCUCGAGUAGAACCAGACUCAUGUUAGACAGUCAGCUACCGAGACUGAGCUGGGUUAAGAGAGAGGAGAGAGGGAGAUGUAGAAAGAUAGAGAUGGACAGAGAAGAGACUGAUGCACAAGUUAAAGUUAGUCACGAGUUUGUAAAAGCAGCUGGAAGGCAGGCAGGUCAACAGCUGCAGAAUGUCUGCAGCAGCGAUCCAGAGGAACCUACAGCAUGAUGGAGACCAGGGACUCCAAGAAAAGACUGUAUCAGUGACUCUAAUGAGACAUGAUGAUUCAAAGUGAAUGACAUGGACAGAAAGAGGAUAGAGAAGGAAGAGAGAUAGGGCAGUCUAAACCUGAGAGCUGGCUCAUAUUAGCCUGCUUUAUUAAUUUUCAUUUACAAAGUUCAUCAAUAUUAAGUCUUAUACCAGUACCUGAUAUUGAGAUAUGGUGUAGACAUGAACACAAAACCAGGAUACUAACUGUAAAUCUGAAGUCACACUUUUUUCUUUGGAUUGAUUUGAUAUGAUGCGGACGAGCAGGCUGUUUCUUGUGUUGUUCUCACUAUUCAAAAUGACAGUUUCCCCCUUAAUUAAUACACACAAAUACUGAAAUGAUACAAACAAUUCUUAAAACUCAAAGCUUGUGAAUCAAACAUGACUUCAAACCAACGUUAAAAAAUAAACUAAUGAGCAGGUUCGUUAAUACUUGACCUAUUACCAACCUGUCCAACACCUGUCUUUGUCUAAAUCAAUUGAUAAUGGUCACCUGUCCUGUAUAGACUCAACAUAAGGACUCCUUUCUCUCCUUAUAUAAGUUUGUUUUUAUUUUGUAAAUAUUUCUGUAAAUGUUGAACUGUGAAACUAAAACCUAAACUUUAAAGGGAACGUUUUUAUACCCAAGAGGAAUUUGGUUCAAGUAUUUCCAUUCACUUCUGGUUUUUGGCUGUAAUGAACUCUGCAGCCUCUAGGGGGCAACAUAGAGUCAUUACACUUACAGCUUUGAUUGUGUUUCUUUCUACUAUUCUUGUUAAAAUCAAGAGCUCAUCCAUUUUUUUCUUUCUGCACUAAUUAUUUUUACAGUUUUUUUGUUGAUAUGUUCUGUAUUUGUUUUGUUUACUCAUUUUUCCUCCGAUUUUUUCCGUAUAAAUAAUUGGAUAUUAGAGAAAAUAGCUUAUUUUCCUUUGUCUUUUCCUCAUUCUCUUCUAGCAAUGGCAGAAACUAGAGUGAGACAAAGUAAUUCAUAUGUCCCACAGGAGUAUCUUUGUGAAUAAAUUAUGAUCGAUCAGCUCCAAUCAAGCGUGAAUCUGGCUGCAGCUCAUCCUAUCCACCUAAAAAAAAAGCCACCGUUUGUUGGCCACAGUCAUAAGUUUCCAUCUGAUCCUCUGUGUCUGCUCCAACCUGUCUGAGUGUAACUAAAGCUGGAUGCCUUCAGGCCUCUUCCCACCAUAUAUCCCAUCUGUCACCGCUCUGAGUCUUUCUGCAGCUGAUUGACUGCGUCUGGCAGGCAGGUGAGGAGUGUCAGCAACAAAAGCUUUUCCUCCUCCUGGAGCUGAAACACCUUAACAAGUCCACAAAGGACAAGCAGACGGCCCACUGCAGUCACCCUGCAGCUCUUUCCCACUGCUGUCACAGCUCUAUUGAUCACAGUUAACCCAUCGCUGGAUCAAUAACAGUGUUCGCAGUCUGCCACCUGAUAUGAGAGGAUCUGACACCUUAGAGCUGCAGUGGAAGGGCGCGGUUUGUCUCAAAAACAACACAUAAACAUCCACAUUCAGAGACAACUCUGGGUUUAGAAAAGGAAGAAACUUGAUGAUAGUGACCUGGACAUGUAAGGGAUUGUCAUACAGAGAGAGAGACAAGGGCAGAGAGUGAUGAUGGCAACGACGAAAACGCAGUAAUUCACACACUCUUUAGGGCCACAACGACUAAAUCUUAUUAAACUUUUCACAAAAAUAAAUAAAAUAAAAUGAAAUAAUUUUUCAGAGGUGCUGACUAAUUCAAAACCAAUCUUUAGAAAAAUAACAUGUCUUUUACCAUUAGGAGUUACUAACUGGUGUGGUUCCAAGUAAAAUAUAUUAGAAAUUAUUCAAACAAGAAAACAAACAUUAAGGGAACAGAUAAUUAACAACUGAAUAUUUGAUUUCUGUGUUAGAAACAGUAUUUAAGUUUCCUUUGUUGGCUUCAUUUGGCUUUUUCAUGUAUUGUAGUUUCUUAUAAUGAGGUGCCCUUUGAAUGCCUUUUCAGUAGGAAAAACACAUUAAAAAGUACCCUCUGGAUAUGCAUCCAGUAGAAAACAAAGCAUGAAAAAAAAAGGUCCUCUGCAUACCCUUCCAAAAUAAAAUAAUAAAAACUGCCCUCUGGAUGCCCUUCCAAUAGAAGAAUAUGUAAAGUAGUCUUGUGGAAGCUCCCAAAAAGUAUUCUCAAGAAGCCCAUCGAGCAUAUGAAACAGUUAAAAUGCUCACUGGAUGCUCUUCCAGCAGUAAAAUGUUAAAAAAGUGACCUAUGGAGUUCCUCCCAGGAAAAACAUGAUGAAAUUGAUCUUUGGAUAACCCCUCCAAUAAAAAAAAACACAUUUAAAAGAGCCCCUAUGGUUACCCUCCCAGUAGAAGAACAUAAUUCCUUUUAUAAAGUGCCCACUGGAUACCCUCCUACUACAAAGACAUUAUAAAGGCAUGUUAAUGCAUGUACUUAUGUGAAAGCUCUUUCUUGGAUGCCCCUCUGCAAGAAAAAUGUACAAAAAACCCUCUUUGAUUCCAUUGUAGAAGAAAAACCUUAUAGAGUACCCUCUGGAUACCUUUAAAAAACAUGAAAAAAGGCCUGUUGGAUGCCCUUCCAAUGGUAAAACAUAAAAAAAGUGCCCUCUUAGAUUUAUGUGGAAGAAAAAGAACAUGAAAGAAGUGCUCUCUGGGUGCCCCUCCAGUAUAAAAAUAAUAAUUAUAGACAAAAGGCCCUUUGGCUGCUCUACCAGUAGAAAAACAUGACAACAUGCCCUACCUCUCCAGUUGAAAACCCUAAAAAAAAAACCUAGGAAAAAAAAUUCUAAAAUGUAUAUUUCUAUUUAAUACACAUGUUGAAGUGGUCUCUUAAUGGAAUUCCAGUAUUUAAAAUAAUUUAAAAAUCCCACUUAAGGCAUCCCCUGAGGUGCAUAAACUGCAGAAAGCACAAUAAGUGCCCCCUGAAAAAUUACCCCUCUGCAACAAGCCAGGUCUUGUUAAAAAUGACUUCAGAAACAUUAUUAGAAAGUCCAAACAUAACAAAAGAACAAAAAGGAGUGUCUCCGGCCUCACCAGCUGGUCAGGAGCUCCCUCACUGUGAACGACAAAGACCUGUAAAUCUUUAAUCCAACAAAAUGACCACAAUGGAGUUUUUAAAGGUGAAGACAACAGCUCCUCAUUGAGGUCUUUAUUACGAACAAACAGGGAAAUGGUGCAUUCGUAUGUUGGAGGACUAUUUCAUCUGCAGAUUAAUCCACGUUUGGUGCUCUAGUGAAUAUUUGGGGCAGCAGAACUGUGAAUGUGUGAUUCAUUUAAAAUGAACUCAACAUGUAAUGAAGAGAAACGUCACCCAAAGCAACAACUCAGCUCACUGUUUUCUUUUUAUAGCAUUUGGCCAGCGAGAAAGCUACAGAGAAAAAGGAUUUAUUAAAAGUUUGCUUUAGGUUUGGAAGGGAAUAUUUGAAUCUGCAGGUGCCCAGAUUUCAGGUGCAUGAAAGGAUGGAGAUAAAAAAAAAAGACAACAUUAUUAUGCUGGUGUUAAGUUUCCGGUUUUCUUCUUAGAGAGGCUUGUAGAAAUGUGGGCUGCUGUUUUUAAUGUAUUUAACUAAUGGAAAAAAUGUCAAAAAGUCUGUAAAAUACAGUCCAGUAUAGUACAGUCUGUGUUUGUGUUUGAAAUCAUUAUCAGUAAAUUCACACACUUACAAAUAGAGGUCAUUAACAGGCAGUGUUAAUGGCUGCUGAUGGGGAGAGGUCAGAGGUCAAAGGUUUCCUUUUCCAUUAGGGGGCCACAUGUGGAGCAGAUCUGUUCUGUGUGUGUGUGUGUGUGUGUGUGUGUGUGUGUGUGUGUGUGUGUGUGUGUGUGUGUGUGUGUGUGUGUGUGUUUCCCUCAAUAAACCUCUUUUCCCUGAGGAGAGACAGACCAUCACUAUAAGUUAAUUAUUCCCUGUGAUUAAUGUGAGGAGAGCCUGUAUCCUGCACGCACAUUGAUACUGACAAACAUACAGCAGCUGUUGCGAUGCGGACGGUCCUACUUCUUUACUUUGUAGAAAAAUAACCCCAAGAACUUCACCAGAAAGGUUGACCUUUGUACACCAGCAUGUUCAUCAAACUCAGCCCUCCUGCAGACCUCAGUAGGUUGAUGGUCCUUAUAUGUAAAUCAUGCAUGUAAAAAAUAUUAACAAUGUGAAUACAACUGGAUUGAAAGCUGAAACCAAACAACAUGAAUUACAUUUUUUAUUCCUUUAUAUAAAAAAAAUUAUCAUUUAUUUUAAGACAUGAAAACAUGAAAACAUGCAUGUUUAUUUCUCUACAUGCAUGAAACUCUGGACAUUAUUUGAUUGAUUCAAUUAUCAGUUUAGGUCAAAGUCUGAACUCAGAGUCCUCCUCCACAUCAACACUUUCACCUCCUCCUGCUGUCUCUCUUUAACUUUGACCUGAAGUGUCCACAUCUACAAUCAGUGACAGACUUAGGGUGUACAUCAGCACUGCCUCAUUGGGGUCUGUAGGUCAGAGCUGGAGUCUGCUGUGGUGAUACGCUACAGUACGUAUACAGUACACUCACAAUGCACACACGCACACAUAAUUCAAUCUACACACAGCACAAUACCCACAAUCCAUCUGAACCCUGAGACCUACUGUACUCCUUUCUUUCUGUUCAAUGCAGCUGUUUAAAAGAACCAAUAAUGUAGAGAGAAGUGAGCAGUGAAUGCACUGAAUGUGUACGCUUGCUGUGAGUGUGUGAGUCUGAGUGUGUGUGCUGUGGCGUGAUGUGCUCCAUGUUGGACAAAGACAAACUCAGACCAUGCUUCUAUCAGAGAGCGCACAUUAAAAACAUUUACAUAUUAGAGUUUAGAGUGGGGUCAGGAAAGGACAGGAAAAACUCUCUUUAUCUUCUGCUUAGGGUUCUUUCUGAGCAAACCUCGAGUUCAUUUAUCACGACUGUCGUCUGUGGAGCUGAAAAGACUGAGUCGCUGUUUCUUGUGUGUUGUCAGAGGGAACAAUGCUGCCUUUUUUCUCCAGGGAAGAUUAGUAAAUAAAUACUUAAUACAGAUGUUACUGAUGAAAUGCAAAUGAUAAAACAGCGAUUUGAUUGGAGCCCAUAAAUCUUUUCUUUAAACCAAAUCAAACAAGAAGUAGCAGGGCGGCGGUGUUGUAGCGCUGAAAGUUUGGGAAACUUAAUAAGAGUUUUGUGCACGUGUAUUUUCAUAGAAUAAUUAACCACAACUGUCUUGAGUGACUAUCCUUCAGUUUGGAUCAAUCAAACUUCUGUGGCACUCAGACCACAUCACUCCAACUAAAGCUCUGUGGCUUCUUCGUCUCCUUGGCAACAGAGGCUGAUGGGAACUGGAGUGCCCUGUAUUGUUUCUGAGCUGUAUUGCACCAUGUAUGUAGUAGUGCUCCUGCAGAGUGAGAGAGAGAGAGAGGGAGGGAGAGAAAAAGAGUGUUAGAUGGAAAAUGGAGAGUGACACACUCACACUAUCACCUCACUCUGUCUCAGCAGUCUGUCACUCCUCGCUGACCCCCCCUCCUCUCCUUUCAGCACCUCAGCAGAUGGGCAGCAGAGCUCCCUCUCUCUCCUUCUCUCCCUCUCUCUUCUCUCUCUCUGGGUUUCUCUCUCUUUUUCUCUCUGUCCCUGGGUUUCUCUCUCUCUUGGUGGGGUGCAGUCUUUUAGAUGCUAACACUGGUCCUGCGAUCGACAUCCCCUCCCAUCGCCCCGGGGGCUCCCUCCCCAUUGUCUCUAUUGUUUGGCCUUGAAAGUGGGUUAAGAAAGACGGCAGCCACAGACAGCAGGGAUGGAGGGCAGAGAGGCGGAUGGGGGCAGUGAUGGAGAGGAAAAAAUGACCAUUUAAAGACGGAAGAGAGGAGGAGGUGUCUUACAAUAUGAAUACAAGACAGGGAGAUGAUGAAAUGAUGGGGGAGGGGAGAGAGGAGGAUUUGUAAAAAAAGAAACAGAUUGCAGGAGAGAUGAGAUAUGGAGGCAAGAGGGAGGUUAAUGGAAGACGGGGGAGUCAGAAAGAAACAAAUAAAGGGGGUGACAGGGAUGAGACGACAAAUCAGGGAUUAAAGAGGCUGCAGACGCCAGGAAGAGAGUUUUGAUCUGGUUGUUUUUAAUUAAAUAUAUCUGAUCACAUACGGUCUGUAUAGCAUGUAAUAUGUCUGAGAUACAGCAGGUUUACAUGCAUCAGUGUUUACCGACCAGAAUUAGUACAACUGCUUGAUUUUUUUACAGUUUAUUUGCUCUAAACUCUCACACAGAUUAGCUUAUUUUUUUAAACUAUUGAGGGUCAUUUAUUUAUUUAUUUCCUGGAUUUUACUGUCCAAAUAUUGUACUACCUGAGGCUUUGUUUCACAUUAAUAGUUAGGGAAAUAUGUCAGGUGUUUUAAGCCACACAAAACUACCCCUGUAUACAUUUUCUCUUCACAAUGUGGCUCUUGAAGUAAAAGCUCUUAUUUUGAAAAUCCUCUGAGCCGCUGACCUCUACAGACGUCAGGCCAAGAGCCAAACUGUGACUGCUGUUUCAGGACAGAUGUGAGGUGUUAUGUAAUUUUCAGGAUGAGCGCUCUGCAGGCUCGGUGCAGGUCACUGAUGCUAGAAAAAAAGGUUCAUUUAACUCCAGCUAACUCUCAUGAAAACAAUCAAACCAGCCAAGUUUUGAGAAGCUCCAUCUGUGGGGCAAAACACACACCAACAGCAACAGGAGGAAGCAACGAUAAGUCAAUGUUACUCCUUUUUCCAGGGGUAGAGAAAAAUUAUCUGCCUGAUUUUUAGUCAGCUUUUCCGCUCACAAAUGCACACAGACUCACACACACACACACAAACACACACACAUACAGUCAUACACAAAUCUCUGCAGUCCUCAUUAGCUCUCAGUUUGCUUUUCUGACUCCAGACCUGAUUCGUCUGCCUGAUUUCCUUUUUCAUUUAAUGCCACCUCUGUGAAUAUGCGAGCAUGUUCGUGCAUGUGUGUGUGUGUGUUUGUCUGUAUGAGAGUGUGUGUAUCACAUGUCUGGGUUUUAUUCAGGCUUUAUAAUACCACAUUUAACCAAACCAAAAGACCGGCUGCUUUGAUUUGAAGUCUAAAUUGCCCAUUAUUAGAGUCAAUGUCACUCCUGGUCAGAAAAUGACUCUCAUUGAUUCAUCUAAAAAGUGUCUGCAUUUCACCAGCCUGAUUUGCAGCUGUUCUGCUGCUAAUUUCAAGGUUUCUGUAGAAAAAGAGCCUGAAUGCUCCUCAGAGUGCUUUGUGCUCGGCUGUGAGAGUCCCACUAAAAGGUGCUGUUGGUUACAGGAGCCAGAGUCUGUCAUCAGUUUUCAUUUUUUUUGUCUUUUUCUGAAACACAGAACUCUUCCUGAGUUAGUGUCAUAUUGUAAAGCCAGUAUAUGGUUGGCAAUACCAUACAAAGAGGACACUGUUUGACGAGUGAUGGGAAUCGUGUACUGGUUCCAGCUGGAUUGAACCAUCUACAUUAUUUGCUGUGAUGCGUCACAGUUCCUGUAUUGAUGCCUUCCGCUUAGUUUCAUGUGGCUUUGAAAACAAUCGUGUAAUGCAUUGCAAGAAAGGCAAACAACAUCCAAGUAAUGCUGGCUGACAGAGGACAGGAGCAGUGAUGUACAGCAUAUAUAAUAUAAUAUUGUUGUGUUUACAAUAUCAGCUGUUAAAUUAGAUUAUAGUACCAUCUUGGGUUAAAAUCCACUCAUUUCAUGAGGCCGGCAGCUUUCUAUAGUAGUAAUUAUCUGUGUGUUUCUGUUCUGACACUGGGGCAGUUUUAGCUCACAGUGAGUCGAAGUAAAGACGUCAGCAAUGCCUGAGACUUUUUUUCCAAGCUCUGCCAUUGCUGUGUUUUUUUAUCAUGCCGCCUUGAUAAAUGACAGGAAAAAGAUUGUUUGUUAACUUGACCUUUACAAACUGCAAACAGCUAAUGAUUUAUCAAGGAUGUCUCCUGUUUUUUAAAAGUCAAACUUUGUCUUUGGACUUUAAACCAGACAGCUUGAUAAUCUCUUGGUCAGCUUGUUUCUCUCUGGCUUUCUCUCUUGAGCUUGUUUCUCUCUGCUAUUAGCUACCAUGUUGCUGAGCUGGAGAAUAAUUGAUUAUAUGUCAUAUGGGAGGGUUGUGCAGCCAUUUAUGUCUUAAUACAGGAUGAUUUUGUGGAGUAAAAUACAUGAAUUAUACUCCUAAUAUGGAGGUUAGUAAGAGCUGCAUCAAUUUCAGUGACUUUUACUUUGUUCCUGAGAAAUGUUGUCAUACUUCUUAUUGUGGCACUUCAGACGGCUUUAAAACCAAAAGUUUUUCGCGUGAUUUACCCAGGGAAAAAGGAGCCCCAUAAAUAUAGCAGUUUUUAAUAGAAUUGUGAUUUUUCUUUCUUUUUUUAAUACUUCUACUAAACACAUAUUAUCAAAGCUAAGACCUUCACAGUCCCCUGAUAGCCCUGCUUACCACGCUCUACAUGCAGCCAAACAAUGAUAGUAUGAUUAAUUAAGGGUUAAUCCUAGUUUUAAGCCUUGAGCGUAAUCACUGAAGGGCCUCUCUCUCAGGAAAGAGGCCAUUGAGCUAAUUUGAAGAGAGGUCGCUUCAUUCACUCAGCAAAUAAUGUGAUGACUAAUCUGUUACCCUGGACUAUCAGUGCUGAUGUGUUGUCAGUCACAGGGGACUGCAGCGUGUGUGUGUGUGUGUGUGUGUGUGUGUGUGUGUGUGUGUGUGUGUGUGUGUGUGUGUGUGUGUUGAUGUUGUCUGCAUUAUGUAUUCAUACGUGCUCACAGAGUGUAUCAGUGCUGUGAGUGACAGACGGUCGGUCUGGCCUCCAGCUCUGAGCUGUCAUCACAAUCUGUGUGAGCGGACUCUGGGUUACAUGCUCAAACUGAUAAUCCUCAUAUUCCUCUGUUUUUACUUUGUGUUACGUUAACUGCUUUUGUGAACCUCACUCUGAUAACUUAUUUCACAUAUAUAGUCUCACAAAUGGUUUUAGCAUUUAUAGGGACACCAGAGCAUACAUUAUUUUACUGUGUUACAAUUUACAUUCAUGCAUAAUGCAGCAAUAAAGCUCCUGGAAAUGUUGCAGUUUCUUUGCGGUCAAAAGCAGUUAUGCUGCUUCACACUGAGUCUUCAUAACGAAAGUGCUCUUACAGGAACUGUUCACCUUUCAUUUAAUAUUCACUUAUCGUCCUCUCUCUCUCCUCAGACUUGACAGUCAUGAUGAGUCACCACUGAUUGUAAGUUCUUGUCUGGUCUAGUUUCCCAGCACACAUUCUGAAAAACAGGUCUGCCUGAGGGGUGGGGAAAUACAAAGUUAUUCAAAAGGACAAAAAGUUGAAAAUUGACAUUUAUUCACACCAUAGUUUAUUCAUGAUACAGAAAAUGCCCCCAAAAAGCAUCAGAUAACAGUGUGGUGAAGAAAUCACAGUACACUUAUUACCAGGUAAUUAACAGGUAAUAACCUAGUAACAACAUGAAAUUACCUGGUAAUUACGUGAUAACUACUAAGUCAAUACUGUCUAGUUUACUUUUUUUCUUUUCUCUGUGCAGCUCCAUUUUCAAAAGCUAUUCAGGGUUCUUAUUUUCUAUGUUUUACACUUGAUACAGCCUAUACGACUCACCCGUCGAAUGCGUAAAAUGCUACUGCGCAAGUGGUGGUUCCAGGAAGUGAAGAAAAUCCUGGAAAUACCAGAGCCAUUCGGCUUCAAAUUUGUAUGAUGAUGGAAUGUUACCUACCUGGUAGCUAGACAGUAUUGACUUAGUAGUUAUCAUGUAAUUAAUGUUGUUACCUGUUAAUUACAUGGUAAUAAUAAGCGUAUCAUAAAAGAAAGGGUUACCAAAAUCACUUCUCUAAAACUUGAACACAGACUGGGUUACUCACACCCUCAAAAAAAUUUAAUUGUGAACCUGAAACUGUGAGUGACAUUGUAUCAGACUGGGUCAUGUUGGGUCAUUAACUAUGGAAUAGUAGCUACACAAUCAUAUUGGUUAGUAUGCAUUACGUGUAUGAUAUGGUAUAGUAUGGUGUUAUACCAUGUCUUAUCUCAUCCUAUCGUAUCAUAUUGUAUCGUAUCGAAUCAUAUUGUGUCAAAUCAUAUCAAACCAUAUAGUAUGGUGUUGUUUGGCAUGUAUGGAAUUAUCAUUUUGUACUGGUCGUAUCAUGCCAAAUCCAGUCCCAUAGCAUCAUAUUGUAUCAUAUUAAACCAUAUGGCAUGGUGUGGUAUGGUAUCAUUUAACAACUCAUGGUACUGUAUUGCAUUAUAGAGUAUUAUGUUAUGGCAUUUCAUAGUAUGGCAAAGUAUUUCAUGGUGUGGUAUGGCAUCCUGUGUAUUGUUUCAUAUAACACUGUAUCGUAUCAUGUUGUGUCAUGUUGUAUCGUAUUGCAGCAUCUUAUUGUCUCAUAUUGUUUCGGGUCAUAUUGUAUCACGUCAUAACAUAUCGCAUUAGAUCAAAUCAUAUCCAGUGUAUCAUAGUGUAUUAUAUUGUUUAUUUCUUAUUGUGUCGCAUCAUAUUUUGUGUUGUAUUGUAUUAUUUGAUGUUGCACUGUAUUGUACGGUAGCACAUUCUAUCAAACCCUGAGUGUACUGUUAUCUCUUUGAAUUAGUCAUGGUUUAAUAUUGAUGCGUCAUUUGGUCUGCUUUGGUAUUGGCUUUGAAGCAACUCUAACAAAGAACCACUAUAUCUUAAACUUUAAACCUAAUAAGUUAUUGAACCAUUUAAAUGUAUGACCCCAAAGUACCCUGCAUAAAUAUGCGCAAUGCUCGCAUCUGUAGUUGUUUUUACUUCCAAGAGUAUCAAGAGUCAGGCUAAAAAAUGUGAUGGGACGAUUGAAUGGGUGAGAUAAAAAGACAUAAAGAGGAAAAAGGGAGAGACAGUGAAGAAUGAAUGAAUGCAGAAACAGAUGAGAGUUGAAAGCAGACAGUUUGUUCAGGGGUCACCCGUCUGUUCUCGUGGUCCUAGCCCUCCAAUUAUUCCCUGGACCUCGUUAUCUCAGCACGCAUAAUUCAGCCAGAGCAGACCGUCCACUAAUUUGAUUGGACAGGGCCAUAUCCUGGUCAGUGUGGAUGGCCAAUCACCUCAAGGGUCAUUCUCCUGAGGAAAAUGGGUACACAGAAUUGUGUUUGGUUGAACGAUGACUGGGGGGUUAGAAAACACAGAGAGACAGGAAUGGAUUCAAGACGAGAUGGAGCGAAAGCAUUCACACAACAUGCACAAACACACACACACACAAACUGAUUGAUGUGUGGUUGUAACUGCUCAUGAGGGUGUGGCUAAUGGCUGGUAAACCUUAUUAAAGUUCAUGGUCAUAAUAUCAAAGGUCAGAGGAUCUGGAUGAAAGAUGAAUAUUACAGAGCUGGUGAGUAAUCUAUUAAAGUGUUUUGGAAAGACAUACAACACCUCCAAUUAUUUCUGCGAUGGUAACCAGUUACAUAGGUUUCAGGAACACAGAUUACUUGUAGAAUGAAUAUGAAAAUGACCAGCACAGUGUUUUUAAUGCAAAAGUUUUGACUGAGGCUUUCAGCAUCAAUCAAAAGUGAUUUGCACUUUAGGUCAAAUUAGGGUGACUGUAAUUUAACUUCCCAAAAAGCGGACAUGAAUACACGGGGGCAGAGUCACUUAGUCACACGAAGUUUUAAUUUUAAGAGUUUUUCGGGUCAGAUCGAGUGUCUUUUAUGCGCUUCUAACUCAGUAAGUCCACGUGACACAAUCUCGAAACUUACGUACAAAACCGCAGACAUUUGAAUGAUUUUACAAACCUGGACAGCCCCCAAAGAGGACGUAUGGUCACCCUACAUCAAAUACAAUUGAAGCACUUUGAGUUUAAGCUACCAGCUAAAAGCUAAGCAUACAGGUGCAGCUAAUCAAACUGAUGUCAGUGGGCAGCCGCAUUAUAGAUGAAUUACCACAGACCGGUGGAUCAAACUCGGGUUUUGUAUACACCUCUAAGAUGAAUUUGUAUCAUAUCAUAAGCCCAAAAGUUGUACCACUCUAUAUCUGCAAAGUAGCUAGUAAUGCAGCCUGAGGCGCCUUUGCAAAGUUGUAAUUUGUGUGCUAACCCAGCUGUAUUUAAUACUUUUUACUAUUUGGAUUGGACAAUCAAGCAUUGACAACCCCUUGACAACGGUUACCAACUCUGCAUAAUGAGAGCAAUGUCAGUCUCUCAUAUUGACGUAGGAUGAGGUUACGCCACUGUUGAUGUAGUACUUUGAGCAGUGUGGCUCUGCUGGUCAGGUGAUUCCCUAGUCAAGACCUCAUCAUUGGGUGUUGAAAUUAAAGGGAAAUUUGCUUUAGGUAGAGACGCCGAUCUCAGGAAAAAUUUGGAGUAGUCUUAACUGUGAUGGUCCAAUAAUGGGGUAUGGCUCAGGCCCAUUUGUGACACACUGCUGUCUUAAAGCAGCAGAGAGUCGUAGCACUAUUAAUCAAUUACUCAGGCAGUAAGACCAGCCUGUAUUUCACAAAACAAGCUCACUCUGCUGCAGAGAUGCACAGCUGUGCUUCUAAUCCUCACUUAGAGAGCAGAGUAUUUCCUCAUACAGUAUGUGGUCAUAUGGAGUUGCUGAUGUAAGAGAGGACUGGUCAAGUUCAAGCUCUUGCUUCCCCUGCAAAGUGAUGCCACUUCACUGCUCAUAGCAUUGUGUAGCUGUUCUUAUGAAGCUGAAAGACAAUGACAUGCUCUUUGCUCCAUCCCUCCAGUCCUACACUCAAGCCCUUUUCUGACAUGUGUAUGCUCAUGUCAAAUUUUUCAGAGUUGCUCCUUCACACAAACUUCCUUCAGUGUGGAGUCUUUUCUGUCAGAUUUCUGGGACUUGAGUCUUGGGAGUCUUGGGAGUCUUGGCAUGACAUUAUUUUAAAGGCUUUAAAAAAGUAAAGUGAAUCAUGUUUGAAUCAUAUCCUUUAAACACUCAUGAUUUAUAAGGGGAAUACAACUUCUUCUCAGUUUGCACCUGAGCUUGCACCUGAACUUGCAAAAUGCACAUUUGACUUCAUGGACCAUAGGAAGUUUACAAGGGUCCAAUCAUGUUCUGUGUCAUUGUUCAUGUGUACUUUUUGUGCACGUAGCAUGCAUGUGUGUCUCGAGAUAGAUCCAUACAGUACAUGCUUGACUGCAUUUCUAAUAUACGGACAAGGUAAUCUGUCUCCAGCAUCAUCCCUUGUGUGUGUGUCUGUGUGUGCAUGUGUGUAUUUAGUGCUCUGUGCCUGUGUGCGCUGUAAUCUGAGGUCAGUGGAGCAUGGCAGGUCAGGAUUGAAUGCCAAGGCAGGGAUUAGGGAAGAGUCAAGGACAUUAAACCCACACAAUCACAUCAGCCUGUGACCUUCAAACGCACCCCCACACACACUCGCACUCCCACACACACACACACACGCACAGCCUCGACCUGGUGCUGACAGGUUAAAGUGUGUGAGUGAUGCAGGUCGGCUCUAAUAGACUGAUCCUUUAGAGGAAGAUGGGAUGUUAUUGUACGUUAUAGCUCUUAUUCUCAUUUUAUGAGCUGUCCUCCUAUGUUCACAGGCUUAAUUUGAUGGCCAUUUGAUAUUCCCAGCAAGUUUAUACUGAAGCAGGUAAGAAUAGGUAUGCUGUUAGACAGAAGAAAGAUGGAGAAGAAGCAGCUGCUGCUAGUGAGCUAGCUUUAGCAUCUCUUUGAGACAUGAUUCAGCACUUUUAAAAGCUGACAUUCAAAGAUUCAUGGUGAAUCCAAAAUCAAUGUUAAAGCUUUUGCUCCUCAUGUUACAAAUCAAGGGUACAACUAUACUUACUAACUGUUCUUGAACUGUUUUCAUUCAGUUCUGUGACUAGCCAUCUAUAAGUCUUACAACCCAGACGAGAACUAACCAGUUUGAAAAAAUGCACACCUGUGUGUUUGUGCUUUACUAAGUCAUGAAAUGAGACUAGGGCCCUCAAAUUUGUCAAAAAUUCUCGGAUAAAGUCAUUUAAGCUAAAGGCCUGGGGAAAGUGGAGCCAGUGGCUGAGCUAAAGAGGAAACUUGAUGAAAAUGAAGGUGGUUAUUAUGACCUCUCAUGACUGUUACUGUGUGAACUACUGGAUUUUAAAGAUGUUUUUAUUGCUAAGAGGCUCUCUAAAGUAACAUUGGGGCUAGCUCAAAAUAUUAUAAUUUAAUAUUUCUCAUUAACCAUCUUCUCUCUCCAUCUCAGAAAUGAACCACUGAGGUGCAUGCUGUGGAGGCGGUGGAGGCUAGUUAGCUAGCCCGCCACCUUUGCUGCUAUCACUCGGUGAAGGCACUUGCUUGUUCUCCUCAUCUUUAUUUCGUCAUUCUUUUUCAGUGGCAUGGUCUCAUUUUCAGUGUUUCCACUUAUUAGGUAAGAAUGGCGUCGAGUUGACUUGGUGAAAAAUCGGUAGAAGGCUAGUAAUUUCAGUGAGCUAGUUAGCGAAGCACGGCACCAUGCGUCUGCUCUCUACGCUUUCAUAGCAGGAAGUUUUUCUCAUUAACCGUCUUCUUGAAAUAUUCCCAACAGACUUCUUCUGUUAUAUAAUGACGCCUUAUAAACCUUUAUGACAACUGCUGAAAAAUUGUCACACAGGACUCAGUUAUCAGAUUUCUUGAGGUCUUUCAAUGCAAUAAAUGGUAAGAGGAAUUUUAAAACUUGAACUUGACGAAGUGAACAAACUUAUGUUUUUUGAUCCAGGCUCAUUUCAAUAUUCCAAAUAUGAUGACAAUAAUCCUGUCUCUGAACCCGUGUGUGUGUGUGUGUGUGUGUGUGUGUGUCCUUGUUGGUUGCGUUAACUAACGUGUGUGAAGACCAAAUAUAACCCUGGCCCUGGGGUACACUGCUCUGACGCAUAUAGGUCACUCGAGUACCUCCACACACACUUACCGUACACCCACACACGCACACCCACACACAGAUUGUCUCCGUUUUCUGCCUCUUUCUUCCUUUUUUCCCCCUCACCUCCUCAUCUUCCUCAUUACCUUCAUCCAUCUUCUGUCCUAGUUUGCUAAUCUGAUCUCAUCGCUGCAGUCAAGAGAUCAUGAAUAUUAUGUGUUGUUGAAAAGGGAACACAGUCCUACUCCGUUCAGUGUUUAGAAUCCAGUUUUGAACACCCAUCUGGAUUCAUUCAUUCGUUUAAAAAUGACAGUGCAGUUCAUACAUUCUGACAGUAUUAAUGUUCUUUAGAUGGUUCCUUAUAUAAAACAUGGAGUGACCUCACAUGGAGGUCUAAGCAGGCCCCGUAUACAGUAUGAGGGUGGUCUGGGAUAGAUUCAGACCUCAAGUGUCUGUCCUGUGUGUCUCUGCCUGAUCUUUCUCCCAGUUCACACUCUAUAACAAAAAUAAAUAAACAAAUUGAUAAAUGUAUGUGAUGUGCAGAACUUGUGCUCCACAGUUUGGAUCCAAAUAAAACAGAUUUUUGAUGUUUUCAGAGAUGAAACUGGUGAUUUUUGAACCUCCUUGGUUCUGUCAAGAUUUUCCACACGAGUUCAUAAUAAAAGAGCUUUUCUGCCAGUCGAAAAAUGCUGUUUUCACAAUGAGGAUGAUUACUAUCUGUUACUCAAACACUUAUUCUUUGUUGUGAGAGAGACUGUUAGUAAAACCUGCUAAAAAACUUGAGUUGAAGUGGGGCUGCAGUCGACAUCUUUGUGUUCGCUUCAUUGACUCCUAAUGAGCUGAAAGAGAGAGACUGGAGACUUCACCUUUAGAUAUAGACUGUUUGGUGAAUGCAGAUAAGCAGAGUCAGAGGGUGUGUGUGUGUGUGUGUGUGUAGGGGAAAGAGAGAGAGAGAGAGAGAGUAGUCUGGGGUGUAAUUGGUUAAGGGAUGUGUGAACUGUGUUUUGUUCUCCAGAAUAACAAGCAUGGCUGCAGGUGUUUCCCAGAAGUGGGGGAUGUGUGUGUGUGUGUGUGUGUGUGUGUGUGUGUGUGUGUCUUUUCCUCCCCUGAUGUCUUUAUAAGAAGCAGCACACUCACAGAGGAGUAUGAUUGCUGAUUAUUCCUGUAGCUCCUCAGUUUGUGUGUGGAUUUCCAUGUGCAGACAAAUGGGAGGAAAUUGAAAAUUAUUCACAUUUACAGUCUUUUAUGGAAAAUUAAGCCUCUCUUUUUUGAAUCCUGAUCAACGAAUCAGCAGAGGAAGUUUGAUUAGCAUUUCUUUAUAGAUAGACUGUCUCAGUACAUGAGAUCAAUGUUAGUGUCAGUGUGCUGUACUAAUAUUCUCAGACUAUGUCAGCAUGAUUAACUUAGUUUUAUGUGAUGAAAACUCAAAACAUAUUGACUAGUGAAUGUUGUUCCUCAGAUUUAGAGAUGUACAGCAAACUGCUUCAAAAGUGUUCAGUAAUGAUAAAGUUAUUCCUAACAAAUCAGCAACGAACCUCCAAAAACUUCAGCUAAGCUUUUCUGUGUGUUUUUAGUGUGUGUAUCGUCAAAUUGUUUUGGGAUUGUAAAGAUUUUUGAUGACACUGUUUGUAGUAGUGAAAUUUAAAUCAGGAAUAUUUGUGACGAUGUGGCUCAAAUGCACACCCAAACAGUGAUGCACAGUUGUAGCCUAGCAACUCUAAUUAGGUGAGAGUGUCAACAUGUUUACAGGGUGUGCAUAAGAGCAACAACUGGUUCCUGAAGAGUUCAGGAAAGGUUUAUUACAUUUAUCGAAGUCAAACUCACAAAAUGAAUUUUCAAUUUUAUCGUUGAAAUACCUCAAUUUUACGCCGUACCAGCAGUGAUCGCAGACAUGUACAUCAAAGUACUUGUGUCAACAUGGACAUGCCUGCCUUGGUUAACAUGUGUACUCAUGCAUGUCAGUGUGUGUGAGUGUGUGUGUGAGAGAGAGUGUGUUAUUGAUUAGCGCAGAUGUUCCACAUGCCACAGAUGGCCGGUCCAGUCAUUUUCUCUUCUUCUUCUUCUGUCGUCUUGGCACGUCAUUAGACAUGCAGGGGCUUGUACAUUUUGCAUCUUUAAGUCUGUGUGUGUGUGUGUGUGUGUGUGUGAGACUCCUGUGGUUUCAGCUGACCAGCUGCUAUGGGAAGCUAUUGUGUCACCAGACGCCAGAGCUAUAUGGCUGAGUGUGUGCGCGCGCGUGUGUGUGUGUGUGUGUGUGUGUGUGUGUGUAUGUAUGUAUUUGUGUGUGAGUGUGUGUUUGCAGUUUUGGUGUCAGAAAGUGAAGUUUAGUUUCUUUACGGUGAUGUUUAAAUUUGUCUAUAUUCGUUUAAUUAGCAGGGCCGGAUCAGUUUGUGCAUCUAUGUGUGCCUAUCAUAUAUCUGUGUAUGUUUUUGUUUACGUGUGUGUGUGUGUGUGUGUGUGUGUGUGUUGAAGGGGGUGGUGGUUAAGGGCUAAGGAAGCUUAAGAGGCUAAAUGAAUGAAUGACCCGUGCCUCCGCUUGUCCCCCGUGUCCCCGCCAACUCAUUAACUGUAGAAAAAACGACCACACCUCCUGUUGCCGGACACAAAGAGUCGAGUUUAACUCUUUGUGUAUGUGUGUGUAAGUGUGUGUAAGUGUGUGUGUGUGUGUGUUGGGGGUGAGGCCUGGUAGAUAGGCAGGUUUUUGAGAGGGAGGGGUUACAGGGUCAGGGUCUGGACAAUAGGCUUGGCGCGCGACAACCUUUAUUUGACUUGACAAUCUGCAGAGAAGUGUUUAAGGUCUGCCGUGUCCUGCUGUUGUCUGCUGGGGGGGGGCUCAGGGUCUCCUCCCUCCUCCUCCUCCUCCUCCUCUCCGCCUCGCCUCACUUUUGUUGACGCUUGCCUUCUUCAUAACUCUCUGUGUUGUCUGGACUGCAGCUCCAGCACUUUAUUUAAGGAUACACGCAUGUCUUUGAAUUCAUUAAAGAUGCCGAACGUCUUCACAGAGUUUUAUAAUUGCUGGGUUUGCUUGGAAGCAGAAUGAAGACCCUGUUUUCAAGUGGACUAGAGUUCACUUGACAGUCUGAGGAAAUGGUCCUGGAUUGAUCCAAGCUCUGGUUUGAAUCUAACCAAAGUAUGUAGCCCAGCUUAAUCAUCCAUGAGGCUUUAUGAUGUGACUUUUAACCAGUGUUGGCUGGAGAGAAAAAAAAGAAGGGCACAAUUUUAGGAAGGAAAAACUGCCCAAACAACUCAUAAUGAGACAAAAAGAUGGAGAUUAGCGCUGCACCAUUUAUUCCACUUUUAUCUUGAUUAAUCAAACUAUCAAAUUCUCUCCUAAAACGCUCCUGUAUUCACCGUUAGAUGGAAACCAGGUGUGAUAAUCAUGCACAAGCUGCACGUUUGCACUGAUAAACACGCGAUGUGGGGCGUCUCUACCCUGGCGUGCAAAAUGCUGGAAGGAGAAAACGCAGAGAAGCUGAUUUAUUACACCCUUUGUUGAUUUACAAGACUAGAGACAGUGUCUGUUGUUUUUGCUGUGUUUGCAAAUAUAACACCUUUGAAGAGAAGGUGCAACCCCAGGUGCCCGGUGUUGAACACAGAUGGCAGCUGUUAAUGUGGCGAGGAGGAGACAGAAGAACUAACCCAGAUCAGUCUGCUUAAAAGUCAUUUCUCAUGAACCGAUUGGAUUAUUUAUUUACUUAUAUUUUUGCUGCAACGCUAAACAAUGCUAGCAUGCAUGAACUGGUUUACGGUAUCCUACAUCUGGCAUGCACACAAUAAUAGUUUUUUUUAAUGAUACAUUCAUCAUGCCAAAACAAAACACAUUGCAAUAAAAGCUUUUUCAUGAUACUGUGCAGCCAUCAGGGAGACAAAGCACUGUAACUUAUUCACUGUUGGCAUUUUUCAGAUAGAUGUUAAAGGUCUUGUACCACUGUCGUUGUCAAUGAGAGAAAACGAUACAUAAAAGAAUGUAGAAAAUAUAGAAAUUGAAGAUAUUUACACCAACAUUACACUAAUGAAUGAGAAAUCCUGCAGCAUAGUACAGGAAUUUACAUAAUGACAUGAUAAGAUGUAAAUGAAUGCAGAAGAUACUCUCAGACUGAAGCUAAAUUGCUUCCAGGAAGUCUCCAGCAGCCAGGUAUGAAGCUGAAAGCAGUCUUUGUGUUUAUUAGCAUGAAUUAACAUGAAUUAUUGUAUUUUGAAUCAUUCACUGAAGCUUGGGUGGUGUGUAUAAUGUUUAAUUGAUCCUUGAAGAAAUAAUUAGAUAUCAUUAAAAGUGACUUAGACAAGACUUUGAUGUUGCCAGAAGAUCACAUGACAAAACACUGAAACACUCCUGAAACGCUGAAUGUGCUUUAAAAAUGUAAAUAGUUUAAUAUUUUGUCUCAUUUAAGUCCUUUUAAUGUGUGUCUUUGUAGAGUUAAAGUCUUGUACUUACUUUCCUCUCCUUAAGGCUGCAGCUGGAGUUUAUUACAGUCCAAGUAAAAUGAGAAGAUUUAAGUGAAAAUCAAACUUCUAUGCUUUGAAUCAUCCUACAACCUGUGUAAUUGAGCCUAAUUGUUUUUGUUGUGCGUGUCUGUGUAUUUGUGUGUGUGUGUGUGUGUGUGUCUGGUUGGGUGUGGGCGGAUGCUCUGCAUUGAUGUAGCCAUGGUGAUGGUUGCUCAAUUACCGGUGUGUUGUUUACCUCCAGACAACGAGGUAUCUUUCUUCUUCAGUGUCAGCAGCAGCUGCUCCCUCUCCACUCCGUCCCUUUCACUGUCUGAGCUCACAAUUUUAAAUACUGUUUCACUUUUUUGCAAGACAUUAAAGAUGAAAAAUGUGUAAACGCACAGGAACAGAAUUAUGUGAAGACUAAGUUCUGCAAAAGAUGAAUGAAUAAAGUCUUUUUUAACAGACCUGUUAUGAAAUUUCUUUGAAAUAUGUAAUUUCAGAGUGAUUGAGACAAAGGCUGCAUAACAGCAUGAACAUUUGUGCCACGGUAACAUAGUUUAAUCUUCCAAUAACAGCAAAAAUACAAAAAUAAUAAUAAUAACAAUUGAAUACGAAAUAAUGACACAAUCUGAGGCGAUGCAGAUCGGAGUAACUCAGUGUUUCUGCUGCGACUGCUGUGUGUAGGAUUGAAAACAGUGUUUGAUUAAACUGUUAUGACGGGUCUGUUGGAAAUUAAAGUUUUUUUUUUUCUUGUGAAGUUGAGGGUUUUGUGUAGAAGAGGGUUGAAGGUUUAAGGAGAUGUUUUGUACCAAUCAUGAACAUUUUUAAACAGGAUCAGUUCAGUUAUUGUGAGUAGUGGUACUGGUGUAAUAUUGAAACAGUGAUGGAGCGUGCUGCCCAGUGUGAGGCUUGUUUAAGAUGUGUAUUCACUACUUUUGGCUAAAUGGCUUAAACAGGGCAGAACCAUGUCUGACCUUUUCAUGUUUAAACGACUUGAUAUGAAAUGACAACGACAUGUAGAAGUGUGGGCACCUUUAAACUUGUGUUGUUCUGGUUCAUAGAAGUUCAGCAGAGUGCAAAGGGGCGAAGCUCCAAUGUCACAGUCCUUAUGAACCGACUCAAACCUGAUCACACCACUGUCUGUAGAGCUUUGGAGGAGGUGUGCAAAAACCUAUUAGCAUGAUAUCAACAGCUCACAAAUACAAAGAUUCGUAUGAUCUGGAUGGUAACAAAUCUGCAUUCUUAGUUUGUAUUUUUGUUAAAUUGGAUGACUCUAAUGACUGAAUUAGAUUUUAAAAAGUGCAGGUACCCUCUGAGUUCCUGGAAUAGUAUUCAGGUUUGAAAAAGUGAUUAAAAGUUAGGUUUGUGAAGCAGAAAGGCAUCAUGGUUUCUGACUCUCAGACGCUUUUUGCUCUAGGAGUGAAAAACUGAUUUCAACAGCAACCGACUUAUCCUCACCUGUUCAUUUAUCUGCAACAAACAUCUUGAGAAUCUUCCCAACAGCACAUACAAUAUUAUUUAUAAACCACUGAACAGCUGAAUUUGGUGUUUCUUUUCCUGCAGUUUGCAGGAUGAAACUUUGAACGAAGUCACUGAAACUUUAGAGGAGGAACUUAGCUUCAUAAAAGGUCAGACUGAGUUGUUUGAUCCCUGUGGGGGAUUCUUCCCCCCAAAUGUAAAAAUCAUGUUCCAGCUCUUGUUUUACUUGGUUGAACAUCAGUUUAGAUUGGCAUGCUGCAUAUCAUUGUGUAACUCUUGUAUGUGCAUGUGUGUGUGUGACUCACAUGUCCCACGGCUGCUUCUCCCAGACCUAAAUGUGAUUUAGCUCAACAGAGUUAUGUAGGUGGAUGAUUCAUCUAAGUAACCUCCAGGAGAGAGGCCGGAUGUCAACUCUGCAAGCCCCACAGAGGGGGCUCCAUUCUGGGCUUUGAUUGUUGACCAAAGCCCUUGUUGGCCUGGAGGUUAGAGACCACAGAUUGCUGACAGUGAAAAAGGCUCAGGACAACUAUGCUCUGUAUAUUGGCCAAUGCAAACAUUAGUAUAUCCAGUUAUGACUCCAUACAUUGUACAGCUGGACACAAUUAGUGUCAAUGAGUUUUUGAGGUUCAUAGAUAAACUAAAAGUCAUAUUGAUGCCUUUUUAUGAUGCGUAAAGGCAAACAAGUCCAUCUGUGACAAGAAUGAUGAUUCUUAUUUGGUCAUUUUUCAGGACUGAAAAGGAGCGAAUGUCACCGGGAGCCGGGGAAACAGUCCUGCUUUUACAAUUUCCAUGUAAAAUAUUCACAAUUAAUGACACAUUUGACUGUUAAAAGUCUGUGAGAUUUUGCCAAAGGUCACAUUUUAAGCAACAAGAAGGCAAGAAAAGCAGCGGCUGGGCCAAAAUAGAAACUAAAAGUAACUCUCAGGAGCUUUAAUAAUAUUAAUACUACCUUGUUUUAUGCUUGUUCACACCCUCAGAUUAGAUGUCCUGGUUAGUUCAUAUGCCAGCUAAGACAAUGGCUAUGGCUAAAGGCUCAUUUAUGCUUCCGUCAUGAGCAAAGGUAAAUGCUGUGAUUGGUACAGAUGAACCCUUUGCUUUGUAAAGGUCAUCAGAAAGUGAUAUAUCCUCUAGAUUGUACUGCCCAGGGAUCUACAUCAAACUGAAGACUUUCUUGUGCAGUUUUCUGUGGUACUACAACAUUUGGUCAGCAACUGCAACCAUGCAGAGGAAGUGCAGAAAUAUGGCUCCAUCAGUAUCUGUGCGCAACUAACAUAGAGCAUAAAUAAGCCUUAAUGCUCCUAAAUGUGUCUAGUUAUGGCUUUCUCUGACGUGUAACUGGCUUCAUAAAAUUUCAGUUUGCCAAAAGUAUUACCGACAGACAACAUGUGACUAGAAGUAUAACAGAUUCCCCAAUAUAGGUCUGCUAACUGCUACAGCAAGGUUUGAAAUAACUCUUUAAAUAGCGCAUCUAUAUAACACAGUCUUUUCUCGCCUCCUGCUAACAGAAAUCUAAUUUUCAGAGGGAACAUUGCACCUCCCUGAAACACUAAUCUGCUUGUUUGGUGACAAACAUCAAAGCACAUUUUUGGCUGCGGCCCCAGACUCAUUUGUUCUAAUGAAUCUGCUUGCCGGACGCCUGAUUAAAUUGAAAUAAACAAGAGAGGAUUGUGGGAAGGUUCAGGGUGUCCUCUCUCAGGGAGCUGCGCUGCAUGUGGUUGACGUUCUCUGCGGUGUUUUGUUUGUAAUCCUUCUUUUUCACCCUCUUUCCGUCAGUUUCUUUUUCAUCCGUCUGACCUCCUGAACAACUAUUUUUAAUCUCUCGCUCCUGUGCUUCUCCUCCUCCUCCUCCUCUCAUCCUCCCCACCUAACUAUCUCUGUCCCUGUAAAUUUUUAAACAGCUCAAUUAGCGAGCAACGUGAUACUGAUGAAGAGGCCGCUUGUGUGUGACUGAGCAUGUGUGCGCGAGGUUUAAUGCUUGUUCACUUUUGCGCAUUUGAGGUGGAAACGGUGUUGAAUUGAACUCAUGUGGUGUGACUUUAAACACAGGUAGGAAUAAGAGUAAGUUAAAGCAUCAUGUGCAUCAUGCUUCUUUAUAACUCUGAGCCUAACUGAGGCAGAAAUGCAUGAAAAACCACAUCAGCCAUAACUCAUUCAAACUGAAAUGAACAGAAAUCAUCCAGAAAACUGCUGACUCAGUGGGCUGCACAGGUAGCUCACCUGGAACACUGUGUGUCAACCCCAAAUCCUCAAUACAGCUGCUCCCUUUUGCUGUGCGUCAACCCCACUUUAUCUCCUGCACACUUUCACUUUAUGUAACUGUCAACAACUCGCUGACAAUGCACACAAAGAUAAUGCAAUGCAACUGUUGUUAACAGUUAUAACACAUUAUAAUACCUGACCUUAUAAGUCAUGAUAAAAUGAUUUAUAAUGUGUUAUGAUUAUUGCUAUAGAGCAUUAUGAUCAUUUAUGAGUGUUUAUAACUAUAGUUAUACAGUGCUAUAACAUGAUUAUAAUGCAUUAUACAUAUAUUUUUAAUGCGUUAUAGAGAUAGGCGUCAAAUAAAGUGUUACCGGUUUGGAAUAUAAAGGCAGAGUAUGAGCUUAGUAGUGGUAAUAGCUGACUAUAAGUUAUGAUUAUAGUUUAGAUUGAUUAUUAAGUCUUUAACAAUCACUGUCUUGGUUUUAACCAACUUUGGCACAAUUACUUUUAUUUAUUCUACCAUUUUUAACAAGGAGAAGAAACUCUGUGAGAUUAAAAAUCUCUUUUUCAAGACCGUCCCACUAUUUCAAAUGAAUCAAAGGAGUCAGUGUCAAGGAACUGGGCGUUCAUGUGCUCUUACAUAUGAGUUUCAGUAAAUUAAAAGUGUCUAGAGAAGGUUUGAAACUGUGGUCACCUUAAGAAAACUUAGGGCAAGUUAAGUUAUCCCCAAAAGCCAUUACAAACAACACUUCAAUGUUUUUUCCUUCCCCCCUUUUUUUUCUGUUUCCAACAGGUUUUUGAUUAUCUAUGUUACACAACAGUCUCUACCAUCUGGUGGUAAGUGGCUGUACAAAGAAAGUUAGCAAGCUAGCAUGAAAGUGCCUAAAAAGUGCCCUAUUUCACUCUGUUCUGUUUAUAUGAUUGUGACUUCACUGGUACCAAGAGUAGCCAGAUAAAACAGAGAUCCUCUUAAUUCCAUUUUUCACCACACUUACCAGUUUCCCAUAAAUAUUCUGAUCGUCACGUUUACAUGCACAACUUAAUCGACUGAGCUCAUAAUUCGUUUUUUCACCGAAUCAGACUUCUCUCCUUGUCCGCAUAUACAUGCAGCUGAGAAAAUCGAAUUAUUGACGUGAACGUGUCCUCCUCCCCAAAACUAGGGGGCAAUAUGGGUCUUUUCAGCGGUGCUGUUUCCCCAUACAACUGUCAAAAAGGACAGCAGGUCUGUGCCAGACGUCAGAAGUGGCUACAACUGCUGCUGGACAUUUUUGGGCAAGAAGACGGAGCAUCGUACAGCGUUAUUUUUGUUGAACAUGAUGCAGGUGCUACUUUUUCUGCAGAUGAGGUGCACACUACUGCUCUGGUGUUUUUGUGCACGCGCACAUGCAUUGUCCAAUCAUACUCCAACUACGCUGGCUACAUGGUAGAGAAAAUCGAAUUCCAAUCGUAUUAUCUUGGUGUCUUAAUCAGAGUUCUCAGACUCUAAUCGGAGUUCUCAAACUCUGAUUGUAGAUGACUAAGGUGUUUACAUGCACUUCAGUUGUCCGGUCUUAAUCGGAGUAAGGCAAUAAUUCGGUUUUCUCAAGUGUCAUGUAAACGUACUGACUGAGUGUUGGGCUGUUGUCAGGAGGGCUUGGGGUUUGUUUUGGAAAAUUCUGGAUUUAAAAUCAAAGAUGAAUGUGCUUUGGACUGCAGAUGACCGGCAUGACUGCACAAUCCUCUCUAUCAGUGUAGAAGUAUAAUAAAGUACAUUCACAAUAAGGUCCAAUUAUGAGUUAUUUUGGAUCUACAGAAUAAAAACGGGGGAAAACCCAAUGAGAGACAGUAGGCCUUUGUGAUUUCGUCUAUUGACUGAAAUUCUGGCUUUGAAAUGAACAGUAUAUGACCUUCUCAGCGUUGACUGGUUUUGGGCUCUAUAGGCCUGCAAAAAAAGGCUUAAACUGAGCAGAAACAUCUGGAGGCUCAAAGGGUUUGUUGUGUUGAAACACUGGAUGUCUUUGGCAGAGAAAGUCAAAAAUGUUCUUUACGGCAGGAAGCCCUUUGUUUGGGUUCUUGUCAUGUUGCCAAUACAGUAUAUAUAUAUAAAGACGCUGUAUUUUGGUCCUUUUUGUGUUUAUUUUAACUGGAGGUCUCUCUGAGUCUCUUUCUCCAUUAUCUGCUGCAGAAUAGUUACAGUCCAUUGUUUUCACAGUUGUGCUGUUUUCUUUGCUGUAAAUAUUGCUUGUUGCAUGCACUCAUGUUGAAAUACCUUCAUGUAAUUUCCAUGGUGUUUGCAGGGGGUCUGUGGCCCUGUGCUGCAGUGGGACGCUGCUGUAUGUUAUCCGAGAGGGGAAGCAGACAGACACAGUUUGUUCCUCCUCCUCCCCUUUGGCUCCAUCCUCCAUCCACUGGACAAAGCCUUAUUGUUAGCAGCCCACGUACAGUAUCUGCUUACCAUGGAUCAGUGCGGCAACAACACACACACGCAGAAAUGCUGACUUGGAAAUGGGAAGUGGAGGAAUUUUCUGUAUUUGUGAGAAAGAGGGAGACUAGGAGAGGACAUUCAGACACCCAUAACCUUGAAUAAAGAGUGUUUCUGUGUGCUGCAAGUGACGUUUCAAAUUUAGACUCACUGUUUUGUUUCUGUUUAGAGUUUGACGUAUGUACACUGAUUUUGUGUAGUCUUGUGCUUAAUGAGUGUUUCACCGAAGCCUCUGGUUUGUACUGAUUCGUACAGCAGUGUGGGUGUGUUUGCUCCAUUUGAUUGUUUUUGAUCAAAAACCAAACUCUUGGAGCCCAUGGUGGGAUCAGUUCAAUAACCACAGGAUAUCGCUGUGCGUGCAUGUGUGUGUGAGUAUGUGUGUGUGUGUGUUUAGGGGUCAACAGCACAGUUAAUUAACCACUGCACCCCUGUGGCAUACACUGUAAUAAGUCCAGUUCUUGUCUAGCGAUAAAGUUGCCCUCAUUUCUUCUGUUUUAUAUCCUUAAUUUCCUCGAGCACUUUUCGUUCAGAGAUCCCCCAUCAUUAAGCCAUAGAGAGGACCCCUCAUUAGGCAGGCCUGCUAAUUCCUACUCUUAAACUCACCACUAAUUUCUAGUGGAUGUCAGUGAUGGGCUUGUCUUCUGUAACCCCUUCUUUGAGUGAUUUUUAUGGAUUUGUCAAGGAUGUCAAAGUGAAUCCCUGCUUGUUAUGGCAUCUGAGUCGUGUCAGCCUGUCUGGACCUGGAGCCCAACCUCAGAGGAUGACACCACGAUCACAGCGUCCUUGGCAUACAGAGCUAAUGUCAUUGGUGUUUUCUACCCACACCAUCGAUCUGAGUACCCCUACUCAUGCAGAGGCUUAAGGACGAUUCCCAAUGUGCACUUCUUCCAGAAUGUGACUACAUGUUGAAUCGAUGUGGUCUGCGGAUUUUUUCGGUAUCGCCACCAUCCCGUCCGUUUCUCAGCGGCUGUAGUCUGUCUAUCCUCUUGUCUUCUUUGAAACAGUUGAAGUAAGAUCAACUGCUGCACAACAUAUGCGUAUCAGCGCCAACUCAAACAUAUUACGCUCAGAUUCAGUUGCCUUGGUUUCCUGUAAACAAGCAGGGAAAGUUGUGGGACCAGGAACUGGUGGUAUGAUGAGCAUAGAGAUUCCACACCUAACUGAAUAUUGAGGUAGCAACAAGGAAUUAUGUAGGGCUCACAAUGGUGUUGGCCACUACAGUGUACCUAUAGCGUAGGUAUGAUGCAGAAGUACAAGUCCGACUUAAGACCCACAAAAAUUUGGUUCAACGUCAGUGGUCUGGUACUUUCCUGAUAUUUAGGAAGCACAUUAGUGAGAUAAAAUAGGCCCAAGAGUUGACCUGAAUUUCUCAGCUUUUUACACAAAGACAUGGAUGUACAGUGUUAUUUGCCAAUACUGCGAAAUAAGCAUUAUAUCAGGACAGAGGGAUUGGAGACAUUACUAUAUUUCCCCUCAUUUCUAUAUGUGAUAGUGCUUUCAGUAUGGGGCUAAUCCUGGGAUGCCAGGAAACAAGGACACCACCACUGCUGUUUCCUCAAACACCUGCUAUGGCUUAACUCUGCAAGACCCCAAAACUGCAGAGUAAAAUAUCCCCAAGCUCUCCAUCAUGCGCACUCUCUUUGAUACAUGCAACAUUAUUAUGAUCUGAAAGACUUUCAGGUAAACCAGGAGCAACAGGACCAGAUAUAAACCCAGAAGAAAGGGCAACAAUACCCUGCCAAAUCGCAUCAUUAGAAUUGCAUCUUUUUGCAGCUAUUUAGCAGACGAUAUGGUUAUGUUACCUUUAUGAAACUGUGGCCCCCAGCAGACACUUGACAGUUUAUAGCACAGCGUGAAACACCUCCUUUUUUUAUCUGAGGUUGUGGUUCUCUGCCAGGAUGUAGAGAGUUGCUCCCUUCAGGUUAAAAAUGAGUAACUGCCUCGAGCAAGGAGGUUAAAUAGGUAAUGAAAUGGACAGAGGGAUUUGUGCCGCAUCAACAGUAAUACAGCAGGUUACUGAACCAUCUUGGUUAACAGGCAGCUUAGGUUGGGGGCAGUGCUUUUGAUUUACCAGUCAAUCUACUCUCCAGUCCUCACCUGUGGUCACAAGCUUCAGGCAGUGAAGGAAGAGAUGCUAUAGUGACGUGAGUUACCUCUGCACCAUGGCUGUGCCCAGCCCAAGGGAAAGAGAGAGGACAAUUUCUUUGUGAAUACCAUUUUAUCCUCUUAGGGUGCAUUGAUUCCAUUAUUUCAAGUAUGUAAAAGUAAAUAUCGACUCAAUUACACACCCGUCUUUGGAAACAACUUCCCUUGAUCAGACUGUUUUCACCACUCUUGAAGAAGUAACAACAUAAGUUUGGUUUUGUCCGGAUUCAGAAGACGCUGCUGUUACAAAAGCUGAUCCUGUACUAAACCAAGGGAGUGCUGAAGGUUUGAGAAAGCUUGAGAGGUGCAGUUUAGUGGUUUACUUUAGAACUACUUGUUGUUAAUUCAGCUGCAGGUUCACAUUAAACAUCAUGUCUUGGGCCACACCAGAGGCCACAUCAUAAUAUGGCUCUCAGUUUGAAUUUUCUUGGCAUGCAGUAAACAGCCACUGCAAGUGUCAUUUCAAAAACCAUACAAACAGAGAAACCAAAUGUAUUUCUCAGUUUAGUUUUGACCAGUUUUCUUUGACAUACUAAGUCAACUGUAUGACAGUCAAAUAGUAACAAUCUGAAGGGAAGCAUAUUUCCAUCUACUUUGGUAUUUGCUUAAAUAUCUUUGUCAGUAAAUCAAAUCUGCCCAGGGUGUAAAGUUGGGACAAGGACAUUAGUUAAACUCUUGUCUAGACUUUAACGUCUUGUUAGACUAGACUUUAAUGUCUAGUUAAAGUCAAGGCAUGACCAUGGAUCAACUUACCUGUGCGUGUAAACAUACUGAAUGAUAUGUUAGCUUUACAGUGGAUGAGACCGGAAAAGUGGAGCUCAUCUAAAACUUGAUCGCAGACCCAUCGGUCCAUAUCAGCAUAUAAAAACAUAAGGAAUAGAAAUGUAAGUACAAUAAAGGGAAAGCAAAAAUGAAGAUAAAACAACUACAUUCCAAAUGUUCUUAUAAUUUAAUCACCAAAAGAACAUCUGUUCCAGUGUUAUCAAAAACAGGAGAAAUACCUUGUGUCACUUUAUGUGCAUUGAGGGAGCUUCCCUAUAUUAUCAUUGUCUGAUUUACUUCAUAGUCAUGUAGAUUUUUACAUUAAACUUGUUUGUCAGUACUGCAUGAAAUACAAGCACACUAAUAGAAACUCAAAACUUUCACUUAUCUGAAACUUACGAGUUGGCUUGUGCAUAAAGUCCGUAGCGCUGGUGCUACAGACCAUCAUCAACACUUAGAUAUGUAACUUUAUCGACCAUGCUUCCUUGGAAAUGAAGAUAGAUGCAAGAAGGUCCUUCACUUUCACCUGUACUCUAUUGAACCAAGCCUUGAUAAGUGACUGUUGCUGCUUUAAUUAUUUCUGGGAAUACCGGCACCAUAAAAAGUUCUGGGACCAAAGAAAACUGCAGAAGUAAGGUCUGUCUUUUGGUGGCCAAGUUGUCAUCAUACGUAGAAAAACCAACAAACAAUAGUGAUGCAAACAACUUCUUUACACUGAAGAUCUUCCCCACUGUAACUUAACAAGUGGGAAUUGUUGGACAUUAGCAUGAGCAUUACUGCGAGCUUCUGUUUGAGGUAUAGCAGGAUGACUGAUGAGGUGUGUGUGUGUGUGGGUGUGUGUGUGUGUUUAGGGGGGCUUAAGAACACUUGUCUCGAUGUCUGUUUGUCUGUUUGCUCGUCUGUUGCCGCUCUGAGCAGAGGUCAACUGACUGGAGUCCAUCUGGGCACGAGUUGAUGUUUUCUUGCUUUUGUUUGUGCACACUGAGUAUGUGUGUUUGUGUGAGUGUGUGUGUGUAUAUAAGUGUGUCCAUGUCUUAAGGCGCACGUCUUAAGGAGUAGCAGAGGGGGGGUGGGAGGUUAUUCUAUUGUUGUUAGGGCAUAUGUUUUAAUGAUAUGCAAGGGUCAUUUGCAUGUCACAGCUAGCGGCAGCAGCGGGUGGUGGUAGUAGAGGUGGUUGUAAGGGGGGUUAUUGAUUGUUUGGGGGUGUGGUUUAAGACAGAAGGGAGCUGAAAAUGCUGGCCAAGGUCAGGAGGUCAAGCCUAGAUACACACACACACACACACAAGUGCAAAACACACAAACAGAAAUCUCUUCUUCCUUGAGCCUCAGGUCUUUCUAAACUGAACAAGAAGGGGGGUCUCUCUGGCAUCCAUUCCCCCUCUCAUCCUCCUCUACCUCUGCAGAUUCCUUUCUCUUCUCUCUCUUUUGCCUUUCAUUCCAACACGUUGAAUAAAUCUAGCAAAUUAGUUGUUUUUUCCUGUUUGUGUUGUUCCAGCUUCAUCUACAGGACAGCUUAAUCCAUCGUUAUUCUCAUUGUGAUGCUCAGCGUUUCAUGAACCCACAGACUUCCUGGCAAUGAACCGUUCCUGUGCAAAGGCACAUAGCAUUUCAUUUAAAUUAAGGUGUAAAGCCUAAAGAUGAGGAUGUUUACAGCUGCUCAGAUUGUAGAAGAGUAGCAGAAAAAUGUUGCAUAAAAAUGAAACACAGAUAUUGUUUUUCAUGGUAGUUACUUGGAUGUUGUUUUGAGUGAGCAUAGCCUUCGAAGUUGAGGAGCCUGAUGGUGUCUUGGUACCCAACUUUGGUCACACUGAACUUAGAUAGAUAGAUAGAUAGAUAGAUAGAUAGAUAGAUAGAUAGAUAGAUAGAUAGAUAGAUACAUAGAUAGAUACAUAGAUAGAUAGAUACAUAGAUACAUAGAUAGAUAGAUACAUAGAUACAUAGAUAGAUAGACAGACUUUAUUGAUCCCAAACUGGGAAACUCACGUUACAGCAGCAAAAAAAAUACAAAAUAAAAUAAAAUAUUACAAGAAAUAAGUUGGGAGGGGAAACAUCCAAGCUAAAAAAGGAAACAUCUAAACCUGUUGACCUGGACAUUAAACAGCCUUUUACCUGCCAGUCAUUCAGUACAAAUUACGUUAAAUGUCUACAUGAGCAAAUAUAUGAAUUUCUAUAGCAUCCAAUACAAAUAAGUGAGGUUGUUAUUGAUGCUGCUUAUGCUGUAUUCAACCUUCCCUUCUUUAUACUCCCUUGUGCUCUUCAUUGCCUUCUUAUUUACUCCUGCAUUUGUACUGCAGAUAUAAAAAUACAUGUUGUCCUAAUAUUAAAAUCAAGCAUUCAUUAUUUCAGUUGGCAUCUUCUCCUGCAUGUCACAUACAGGCCACAUAACUUAUCACCAAAUACUUCCAGUGGCUGAAAACACAUCUCCCAAAGAAAAUCCCCUUCUGUGUGCAACACGUGUUAAAGAGCAACCUUGGAUAUUUUCAGAACAGGUUGUAAUAAAUGAGCCAGUUUGUAAACAAAGCAGGUGCAGGUGUUUAUGUGGAAAGUAAAGUCUUGAGAAUUUCAGGGCCUGGAAGUCCUGAAAUUAUCUGUGGGGAAAAAAACAACAGGAGUUCAUGUGUGAAAAAGGCUGAAGAGAGCAUCAAGAGAGGCUGCAACACUGUGUUUUUGUGAUGGCACUGACAUGAACAUGGAAAGUAAAUCAAACUGGGUAUUUGACUCCAUCCUAGACCACCCUGUCCACAUGAACCACUUAUUGUGUAUACCGGGCAGUCACUUAGUCAUUUCUGGGAUUGGUGAUGUUACUGUAGACAGCAGCUCACACAAAUGUUAUCUGACUGAGCACCAUUAUGCAAAUGGUGCAAACCACCAUUGCAUAUAAUGAUGUUUGCAUUUUAAAGGGGUCUGUUUGCUUAGUCUUGCUAUGAACACUGACUGCUCACAGCAGGUCAAAUACAUCCUCAUGUCACCAGGAAAUGACCUGAUGCCCCUGGCUUACGCUCCAUGCCUGGCCAUGGACUGUCAAAGCCUGCAGACGAGACUCUCACAGAGCACCUAAAAUCUUUGCAGGAGAUCCACCGUAAAAAGACCCUGCAGAAUAUUUACAGAUUUUACCCAAAAACCCUCUGCUUGUGGCAGGGAAAGAGUCAAAAGUAAACACAGGUCUGUGUCUUUCUUCAGGUAAUGACAUUUUUCCUUGACUUGAUCUGAAAUCAACAUCCAGUGUGAAAUGAAAGUGACAACUGCAUGGUGAAGGUGAAAUUUGUCUCAAAUACAUAAUAAAAGUUGACCUCAAUGUCCCACAAACCCCAAAAGGCCAGCCAGAGCCUCAGAGGUCUGCACCCCAAUCUGGGAGUGUGAUACAUGACUAGCCUUUGUACCCGUAAGUUUGGAGUGAGCACCGGCCAAUUAGGGAAACCAAACACUCAACUGACAAACAUUGUAACCUCAUCAGUCAGUCAGUCAGCCAGUCAGUGAGACAGUAUCGUGUUUAUAGGUCUGACCUAAGCCUCCAGGCCAGCGUGACAUUUCUACUUCAGCUUUUUCUUAAUGAACAGCUGGAUGCACCGACUGCACACAGCAGUCCCAGUCUCCUGAGCAUUCACUGAACUCAACUACACCUGAGUGCUGCCACCAUAUCUGGAGAUUAAUCUGCUCAAAUGAGUUGGCAGUGAGGAUGCUGGGAUGUUCUUUUUUGUUGUGUUUAUUAGUGUAGUGUUUCCUUUAUUUCGCUGUAUCUAUCCGUGUGUAUAUGCUGGGUUUUACCUUCACUAUCCAUCCACCCACGCACGCUCACACACCCACACACCGACCUUCCUCUCAGCCUCGUCACGUCUAUGAGAAAGCUCGCAUAGCCUCCAGCUGAGGGGGGCGUUCUCACUCUCCAAACUGCAUGCAUGGACAACUGUGUGUGUGUGUGUGUGUGUGUGUCUGUGUGUGUAAGAGAGAGAGAAUAAAAGAGAUACAGAUUUUGGUGUGUGUUUGCGUGUUCUGCAUUCACGCAUGAUCAGCCCUGUUUUCUCCAUGAUCUGUGUGUGUCAUGCGUGUGAAUGUGUUCAUGCAUGGCUGACGUGUGUGAGUUUGAGUUUUAUAGGUUACAUGUACAUGUGGGGAGUGCGGCUGUAGUUCAGCUAUAAAAUAAAAACUUCCAAUGACACGGCUGAAACAUGAUGAACAGUCUCCAGAAUGUCAAGUUAAAGGUUUAUUCUGUAGAAUUAAGUAGCAUUUUUCCAAGGAAAUUGAAUGUUUUUUGCAGAAGUAUGUUGAUCUGAAUUUAUGUUGGAUGGAAUAUCCUUAUCAGUUCAUUUCUGAUGACUUAGAAAAAGUCUUUUGUAUUAUAGAAGCAGUAGGUCCUCGCUCUGAAGGCUGCCAUGUUGAACUGGAAUGAUUUUUACAGUAGCUCAGAAUGGACAAACUAGCAGGAACCAAACAAGAUUUGUUAAUCAGUAAGUGAGGCAUGCAUGUCGGAGAACAGAGAGGACAGAGUACGAUCAGUUUGUGUUGUUGAGUAUAAAUUGUAUUUUGUAUUGAUUAAGGUUUGAUUGUAAAAACCUGACAAAUGGAGAAUUAGACUUAUCAUGCACUGCAGGGUUGUUAAUCUGAGUGAAUCAGAGUUUUUGUCAAAAAAAACAAAACAAACAAACAACCAACCAACCAACCAACCAACCAAACAUACAACCAACCAACCAACCAAACAUUCAACUAACCAACCAACCAACCAACCAACCAACCAACCAACCAACCAACCAACCAAACAUACAACCAACCAACCAGCCAAACAUUCAACUAACCAACCAACCAACCAACCAACCAACCAACCAACCAACAAACAAACAAACAAACAAACAAACAAACAAACAAACAAACAAACAAACAAACAAACAAACAAACAAACAAACAAACAAACCAACCAACCAACCAACCAACCAACAAACCAACAAACAAACAAACAAACAAACUGUAAGAAGUAAAAUGAGAUCUGAACAGGUAACUGCAGGAAAUAAGGUUCAACAUCAAACAUCAGUGUUUAUCCUAAAGACAAAUUUAUGUUUAAAGACCAAAACUGAAGUUGUCAGUUUUCUGCUGGACAUACCAGAGAGGGUUUAUUCAAUCAAAGUGACAUGAAUUUGCAGGAAACUGAAGCCUAAAUGAUGUCAGUCAGUGCUGCUUUCAGAGAUGCUGCUAAGAGUCAAUAUGAGGCAACAUCAUGUCAAUAACUCAUCAUUUUUCUCUUUUCUCUGACAGAAACACGACUCACUGUCUUUUAAUUGACAACAAUACUUAGAGUCAACCAACCAUUAGCCACAUAAUACUGUCUGAAAGGGGGAUACCACAAGUCUCACAACAAUGUUAAGAUGAGGAGACAAAACAUUAGAGACAAAACUACGACUUUAUCAACACUUUAUUCACAGAACAUGAAAACUUUAUUCUUGUAAUAUUGUAACUCUACUGCAACUAUUUUUUUGGAUGAUAUGCCUUUAAUUUUGUAACAUUGGGACUUAAUUUACUCACAGCUUUAUUCUCAUAAUACAACCUUACUAUGACUUUAUUCUUGAAGGAAAAUGAUGUCAAUAUUAAGUCAUUGUCAUAAGAAAUUGACUUAAAAUCGUAGUCUUUAGAUGGCCAUGACACUCCAAAUUUGCCUUUACCUUUGCUAUUGAUUUUUGGUUGCAAAACAGUAAAAGGAGGAGACCAUGUGACUUGUAACUAGUAUGUAACUACCAGACCUUUUCAAUAUUCAAUUCAAAAUGGAAAAAGUAGAAAAAAACAACAACAUACAAAACAAACAAACAAAAAAUAUAUAAAUAAAAUAGUUUUAAAUGAGAGUAAUACAGGUUUUACUCCGGGAGACCCUGAGCCGUUAAACACUCUGGUAAGUUACUACAAUUAACAUUUUAAUAUGAGAUGAGAUUUAUUUCUUUAUUUUGCCCAUGAAAAGUUCAUAUAAGAGCAUUUAUAAACUAAUUAAUAAAUAAAAUUACUUAUAAAUCAAUAUUCAGUCAAUAUGAUGAAUCAAAUAUGCAUAGUGUUACAGUUUUAGUCACAGUUCCACCAUUAAAUACAAACUCCUUUAGUACAGCAGUAAGUCAGAUAUUUACUCAGAUCAAAAAGAAACAGCUUUUCUUGUCUCUUAUGUCCAAAUAAAUGAACUUUUGACCGGUUGUCGACAGUGUUUGUUGUGUUCACAGUGUGUACCAUGUGUGAGCGCGUUUGACAGCAGCGGAGCGUGUGUCUCUGUGUGUGUGUGUGUGUGUGUGUGUGUAUGUGUGUGUGUGUCUGCGUCUCAUUAAUAAUUCAUGAAGUGGGAGGGGUGAGGAUGAGGGGGCGGUGACAGAUGGAGAAUCUCUGUGUGUGAGACGGAGAGAGGGAAAGAGAGAGUGCCCGUACGGAGAAACGGGGAGAACACGGAGAGAGGGUGAAAGGGUUAGAGAGAGAGAGUGAAAGAAAAAGAAAACUGAUUUAAUGACAGAAAACAGAGUAGUGUUCGUCUCCAUUUUUUCAAGUACCUGUUCCAUCUGUUGUUGUUGUUGUGUCCUCUGGUGGAUUUGACUGACACACGCUCGGCUUUUUUCUUUGCUGUUUUCUCCAUUUGGUUUCGUGGAUGCUGAAGGAUUGACGGGGAUGGAGAUACAACACAGUCACCCUGCACUGAAGUACACCUUGAUGCAAGAGCUGCACUGACAGAGGUACUGAUGCAUGUUUGUACACUUUCUGUGUGUGCAUGUGUGUGUCACAUGGAAAUUUAUUUAUGUGUUUUUACUUUUCCAUUUUGGUUUUAUUUUAAGGAGGAGAGAUUUAUGCAAAAACUAGAAGGGCUAACUUAAUUUUUUGAUAUUGUUGACAUAUAGUAGCUGCAAUGUAUGCUAUAUGACUUACAUUUCUCAACAAAGACUACAAAAUUGUAUUCCUUAAAGCUUUACAAAGAUACAUCUUUGUGUAAAACAGUCAGUGUUGUACUAUCCAUGUGGAUUUUACAAAAUUCUGUGUACUGUACUUUAUCAUGGGCUUAAUUCUCACACAGGUUUUGUCCCUUGUUUGUUCACAACAGUCUGCCUUCACACAAAAAAUAUAAACUACUAACACAUGUACAUCAAAUCAUAGUUAGGUUGGUGCUGCUCUGGAAACUUGAAUUCAGUCUUUAAUAAGUUACCCUGCAUGAUGUCUUCAUUUACUGCUUGACUGAUAUUUUUUGUUGUGAAUCUUUUUGUUAUAAAUGUCUAAAUAGUAGCUGCUUUCAUUGAUUCCUCAGGCUGUUACAAUGAAGAGAAAUGAAAUGUGGUUACAGCUGUCUGUACUGCUCGACUGCACACACACACACACACACACACACACACACACACACACACACACACACACACACACACACACACACACACACACACACACACACUGAUUAGACUGUCUGACACAGUUGAUUGGAAAAAUAUUGAUUAUGUCUUGUGUGCAUGUUAGCUUAUUGGCUACAAUUACUCUUAAAUGUGCCUGCCUGUCUAUGUUUUUCAGUUGUAUCUCAGAUAAGCAUUUUUGCAUGUGCAUGUGUUCGGAUAUCUGCCUUGACCUGACUAACAGCAGAGUUAGCUUCAGGAGAUCUUCUGUGAUGUGUCCUCCAUUGGUCAGACUGGAGGCACCCUGCUCUCAUCACCAGUGACAGAUAAUAGUUCAUUGUCUCAAAGCUGGAGUUGGCUGUCUGUCAGGUUGUAACUCCUGAUGUCAGUGGGUUUGAGUCAUGUGAAAUGGAGACACUGAUUAAUUUUGGUCAGUUUAUUUUUUUUAAAUCAAAGUGAAAACAUAAACAUUGUGUGUGUUUGGUAUUAGAGUGUGCAUUCAUAAUGCAGAUAUGGCCUGCAUUUGACCUUAAAUAGAGCCUUGGAUUGACAUACAAUAUGUUAAACUUUAAUGCAGCAGCAGGUCAUUGUUUGGUGUUAAGGCUCCGACCUAAUCCCUCUUGAUGAUGAAGAUGAUGAUGAUAUCCUAAACCUGUUGGUGUCAGCCUGCAGCUGUGUGCUCUGGAGGUGGUGGAGCUGAAAACUUUACCUCAGCAUUGGUGCAGCAAAGCAGGAGAAGAGACAAGAAAACUUAUGGGGAGGGUUUGUGAGAGGAUGGGGAGAAUGAUGCGUGGCAAAUGUGACAUUAGUGCAGUCUCUACAGGCUUGCAGGUGUUUCUCUGUUGACUAAUUUUCUGUAAUUCUGCUGGUUAUAUUUUUAAUUUAAGGUUUUAAAACACUUGAUGAGCAGUACAUCUAACUUGUCAGGCACAAAGUUACUUUGCAAAAAUGGCUAUAGUCUGGUCUGACAGAGCUAAAAAGCAUCUUUUCCAACCACACAUCAAUUCGUUACAUUUCUCAUUAACUGUCCAGUAAAAGUGAGGCAUUAUGUGCUUUUACGUGAUGAUCGUUGUGUGUCAGUAACAGCUUGAUGAAGCAGUUAGUUGUGAGUUUGUUCUUCAUAUUCAAAAGUUCUGCAGACUGUUGAAUCUUGUGGUUGAAAAAAAUCUUUGUGGUUGUUUCUAGUUCUGCAAGUUAAAUCAUUGUCAGAGAGUGUUUCUCUGUACGAAGUCUUUUCUUUUCAGAAUCCAGCUUUGGCAUGCCUCAGUAAAUGGGGUGGUUUUACAUGGUGGUAUUUACUGUAACAAUAUAUGUAUGCUGAGAAAUAACAAUGUCUUAUAAUGUGUAAGCUGUAUUGGUUGAAGAAACGUUGUUGAAGUGGUCCCCUAUGGCUUGAAUAUGGUACAUUUCACAUCUGGUAUCACUAAAGUUAAAUGACUCAGUUGAGUCCUGGGAGAGGAACACAUAGUUAUGCUGAUAUAUUGAACCCUUCUUGUCGAUCCCCUUUUUUUCUUUAUAACUUUGCUCUCACAAAGUACAACAGAUAUCAACUGUGUUCACAUUAACAAUUGUUGAUCAUAAAAGCUAAAUAAAACACUUCUUGAUCAGGUGGAAGCACACAAAUACUCUUUAAGGCAGUCACUUCCACUGAAAAUGAGUGGACAAAAUAACAUAAAACAUAUCAUAACACAUAACUGAUAACACAAAAUAUUAAUUCAGUAAAAAUGAGAUUCGUAUACAUAUCAGCAAAGAAAGAAUAAUUUAUUGUCAGGUCUGUGCCCAUAUUAAAAUUCAGCUGUCGUUCAUUUAUCACAAAUAUGGAGUGAAGAAACAGUAUGACGUCAAAUAUGUCACUAAAUUGAAUGAAUGUGGUGCCAAAAGAGCAUUACUCCGACCUUUGAACCCUGCUGAGGUCAAUAAGUCAGAUCAAUAUAAUGGUAUUCUCCCAUUUAUUGUAAAUCAUUCAGCAGGAAGAGAUAUUAUGUCAGUUUUCUCCUUGUGUUUAGCUCAUAGCCUGAGUAUUAUCAUCUAUCUGCAGUGUGUCUAACAGCGUGUUCUAGUGUUGGUGGUCUACAAUGAUACUUAGUUUUAGAGCAUGCAACGUUUACUUUUUUAAAAAUGCUGCUGACCCUUUGUAAGAGUGACAAGACCUGGUUUACAUUUAAAUGUACACUGACAGUCACACAAAAAAAAUCACAUUUUCUGUCCCUAAUUCUUGUCGGUUCAUUUUGUGACUCUAACAUCGAUUCUGAAUUGCCGUUAUUAAUGGAGGCUACACAUUGUAAGAUAAUCAAGCCUAUGUCCGAUGGCUCUAAAGAUUAAUUUGGUAGAUUUUUCUGUUGUGUGAGGUAUGCUAAGACCGAUUUCACUCCCUAACCUGGUUUGAGAAUGUCAUGGCCACAGCAUUGUUCUGUAAAAUUACACACACUGUGAUAUUUACAACCCUAUAUCCUGUUGUGUGGAGGACAGCUGAGCAUGCACUCUGUUGAUUGUCAGCAAUUUUUGUGCCAUGUUUGUUGACUCUUAGUCAACAAGAUUUACAGUUUCAGGGUCAGGAUCCUGCUCGCACUUAACACAUAAAUACGAAUCGAUUGUUAAACCUACCACAGUUUGCUAUUAGCUGUGGGGCCUGUCGCAUUUUCAACAUCUGUCAAGAUUUUUAACCUCUGGUUGUGGCUUCACUUGACACAAAUAACCAGUUACAGGUGCUGCUAGCUGACUUAAGGCCUGAUCUACUGAAGGUUUGUGUGUAUAAAAACAUAUGCAAACUUGAUCGCGCGCAAAGCUGAUCUACUAACCAGAUGCAUUAAGGAUUGUGUCAGUCAAACAAGCAAAAUAGCACGCCCAAUCCAUUUCGUGUGCUUUGCCUUCAUGAGUAAUAUAUGCGGAUUAUCACAACGCGCAAAAUACUGGGAGGAGGAGAUGCAAAUAUAAAUAUUUAGCACCCAUCUUUUGCGUCUAUUUUUAGCAUGUUUAAAAGGCAGGCGCAAAAUUCCACAGCGUGGAAACGAUCAUUGUGGCGAGAAGGAGGCAUAGGUGCACUGACAGUUGAUGGAUAGAGAGAGUCUUCAGUGUGCGUGUGUCAACACAUUUGGACUGUCAUAAAUAAAAUUAGUAGAGACAUAUCGUCUAUUUAGUAAUGCCAUUUUUGAGCUGCUGGAUGACCUAAGGGCGGAUUUCCGCCGGUCCCCCACUGGUUAUAUUUGCAGAGGUUUUAUUAAAUGCUUUUGUGCAUUUAAAUGAUUUAUUUUAUGAUGCUGUUGUUGUCCACAAAUGCAGGAGGCAAUAUCUUAUCUGACAGUUCUCACAUGGCAGCUUUAUUAGCUCACAGGGAGCAGGACAGUUCUGGUGCUAGGAAUCAGUGCCUGUUUACUUUUGCACCUGUAUUUUCAGCGAUGACGACUCUGACAUGGAUGCUCAGGUGUGUUUGGGUGAAUGGAGAUGAGUUAUGAAUUGCUGAUGAAAUGUUUCAGUUUCCCUUGGAUGAUGGAAAAGUUGUCACACUGGACAAUGCACAGGUGGCCACGGUGAUGCAGUGCUGCUUGCUCACUGCUGGAGGAUUUUUUUUUUUUACAUUACACACAUGAAGUAGAUGUUUGUUCUCUCUGUGUGAGUGUGUGGUGCAUGCAGGGGUGAGAGUGAUUAAUUCAUUUCAAGUGUUUUAUUUUCAUGUGCAGGUGUGUGUCUGUGUUGUGAUGUGGUUGAGUGUUUGUUGGGGAUGCAGGAGGGUGGACAGGAGUGGGAGGUAUUCACACACACGCACAUACAAGCAUGCUCACACACUCGGUCACACACAAGUACAGUCCUUCUUUUGUUGCAAAGAGGAGGUUAAUGCACCCAGAAAACAGAAAGAAAGAGAGAGAGAGAGAGAGAGAGAGAGAGCCUAAUGGACAACGACGGGCCUCACAGCAAAUAUUUGGUUGGAAGGUCUCACACUAACAUCCCAUCCCCCUUUCUCUACCUCUCUUCCUCUCUUCCUCUCUCUCUCUCCUCCCCCUCUCUCCAUGGCCAAAGGGAAAAGAUCAGAACAAAUUGUCACUCUGUGAUCUGCCCACGUUUCACGGCUGUUUUCUUUCUAAAAAGAACAAUGCUGGAGGCCACGUAUCUGGUGCCAGUCAUGUUGUUAUUGAAGAACAAACAAACAAACGGAUGUAAAUUUGAUUUAAAGUUUUCCACAGACCCUCCUGACACCAUUAAAUCAUUAGCACGGUUACAUAGAGACGUUAUUACAUUUACUGUGGACAAACAAGAUCAAAUCUGGAGAAACAUAUUGCUCCCAGAUGGUAUGACUGCUUAUCACAGUGCGGACCUGACCCCUACUUUACAUGCUCAUAUAAACCGCAUUUUUCACUACAGUACGAUGAUCCAGGUCACAGGAGGGUCUUUUAGAGAACAGGACUUGGAAGUAACAUGUUAAACAGUCUGUAUAAAGCCAGCAGAUUUCAUAGUCAAUGUAGUUUUAAUUUGGACAAAUUGGGACCCUAAGAAGUACCACAUAUAGCAGACAGGCUAAAUACUUCCUAACAAGAUAGCAAUAAGAAACUGUCCCAUUUACAGUAAGUUUUUGAAAUCCCUGACAUUUCCUUUAACCAGCUUUCUUGAAAAAAAAAAAAAAAAACAGAUCUGAAGAACAUUAUGUAAAUGUUAUUUAACUAGCUAAAAGAUUUUUUUAUAAAAACGGUGCCAUAAGUGUCUUUCAUCACUCCUACAUAGAGAUAGGCGAUAAAUUAUCGUUCACGAUAUACCGUCAGAAAAAUCCUACAUAGUAAAUAUUUGCCAUCUCAUGAUAACUACGAUAAAUGCAAGUUGGCGACGUAAGCAUGAGCGACAGACUCACAGCCAUAACCCACACAGAGCAGAAUAACAAACAAACAUGGCUGAAGGUAAUGAAGAAGACGUUUCUGAGCAGCUUGUAACUGAUCAAGGCUCCACAUGAAGGAUUUCCUUCAAGGUUGGGGUUUAGAUGAGCUCAAUUAGGUCUGCCUGACAUCGGACAGUGGAUCUGCUGCUGUUCACUCUAUGCAAUAAGAGUUUAGUUUUCUCCAUAACCUACCACUCAAACUUGUGGUGAAGUAUCUUAUUUGACUACCCCAACUAGUGUUCUUGAGACAGAAUGAGUCAAAAAUAUAGAUUGGAAUUAUAAUAUUUUUUAUCGGGACUUUUAUUGUUAUCGUCAGGGUGGCGAAUCUUAUUGUGAUAAAUAUUUUUGCCCAUAUCGGCCCGUUCCUACUCCUACACCACAUUAGUGCUUCCAUAAGCUGUUUGCUUAGUCUAGAAUCUAGAUCAUGGUAACCUGGAAGGUCUUACCUUCCAUCUAAGGACAGCUUAUUUAAACAGCUCCAAUAACAGUCCAAUGCUACCCUGUCAAUUACACACAUUAAUCAUAAUUAAAAUGUAUAUUUUACAAACGUGUGUUUCCAUCUGAUCAAGAUGCUUAAGCAGAGUCUACACAAAGUCUUUGAACCGCUUUUGGUAGUGCAUACUGUUGUCCAAACUGCCUUUCAUAAGUGUUAAAGGAUAAAAAUGUCAUCCACUGCUCUGCAUUUGUUGGAAGGACUUCAACUUUUGCAUGACCAUUUAAGACAAUCCUUGAAUUUCAGAUGUUCUUUUUCACAAAUACUAUAUCUGCUCUUUGCUUGUUGCAACUGUUUACAAUAUGUCUGAACUGGUGCACUUUUGUCUCAUCUAACAUGACAAAAAAAUGUUUUCUGUGCACUCAAAGCAGCAGUAGAUUUAUAAAACUAAUGGAAACAAAAACAAACAAACAGAAAAGGACAAUAGUAGGAUUACUGAAACAUAUUUUCAUCGGAGCUGCUGUUUGGACUGCUCCGAUUACGUAAUCAUAGAGAUUUAGACCACAGAUGACUCCUCUCCUGCCAUGUCCAGUUAAUCUGUGUCCUCUCAGUGAGUGCGUGUGUAAGUGUCUGGUUGUGUGUGUAUGUGUCCUGCAGAUGUGUGAGUGUGUGUGACUAGAUAGCACAGGAUAAGCCCUCGUCAGCAGAAUAUUCAAAUAAGAAACACAUGCAUGCAGCAGAAACCAAGUUUUCCUGUCAUGAAAUGUUUUGUGUGAAAGCUGCGUGUUCACUUAGCAGGAAUUAAAGAGGAUUAUCAGACGUGACGAUGGUCCAUCAUUGAAUUAAGACAAAGAAGAUGAAUUGCUGUGCUGCAUGGUGCACUUUUACAGUUAGUUUACUGUUUCACGUAGAAAUAUUGAGAUGCCCUACCCUGUCUAUACUAGUUUGAUGAAAAACAUUUCACAUAAUUGGCUGAGGAACACUGGUUUCUGAUGUUUUGGCAGCUUGUAUUGUCCCUCAGAACAAAUUUUUGGUGUUGCAAAACAAGAGAUGUGAGACGCUUUUCUGUAAGCUCAAAGGCGAAACAACUUUGCCAAACCAUCCUAGACCACAAUGAAUGUACACAGAGGGUGAGACACGUAAAGGUCCUUUCUUUACCAAGCCAUGCAAAUGGGGAUUUUUCUGCAACCAGAAUAGAGCUUGUAGAAAAAAAUACACCGACGACUGCUGAAAACCACCUAAGAAUACAUCUUUUCUCUAUCAAGGAUAUGAGGAAGUGAGAUAUCUUGGAUUAGUUUGAUUUGAUUAUGGAAAUGGAAAUGUAUAUUGGGGUCAGAGAUGGUUAAACCGAGUGAAAAAGAAAAGAAAUGAGGUGGGUGAAAAGUCAAAGAGCGAGAAAAGGGUUAAUACCCAGACUCGUGCGAUUGCAGAUGGGGUACAGCUGUUGUGCCCACAAGCAAGGCAUUUAACCUACAUCACUGCACCAGCAUCACAAUGUGUGUGUGUGUUUGCUAGCCCUGGGAAUAAGUCUGUCUAUUAAACUGACACAUUUUCUUAGAAAUUAACAGUCGAACGGUCGUGCUCUGGAGUGAGAGGUGGAAAUGUACAAAUGGUACUGGAUUUGUGCCCUGUAGAUCAAGAGUGAAUAUUUAAAUCACACAGCAUUGUUGUAGUUUUUUUCUUUUUUUUGCUCUUAUUUGAUCACCAAUAUUUAUACACUUUAACUUGUGUUUCCUCAUGUAUUCAUGCAGCAAGACCAAACUGUUCGUUACUGGUGUCUUUGGACCAAAUAGAAACAUUGGUUGUAAGCCUGAGCAGGAACAGCCACUAAAGCAACAAUAAAGUACAGAAAAGGAACAUGUAGUCGAACACAUACAAUAAAUGUGAUGUGUUUCAAACCCUAGACUGGGGCCGAAUCUCUGCCAGGAAAAUCAAAGAUGUCUCCUGUAAAUAAUGACACGGUAAAUCAGCCUUACAAGUGCAUCUGUAUUUCUGCCCCUUCUUAAAAAGUGUCAUAAAUCCAUCAGAGUAAACGAGGAGAUCGCUGCCCUCAAUCUAAAAAGGCAAUUUAGGGGGUGAACUCUCUCAUGUAUUUUUCCACUCACUGACUCUCUUGAUUGGUUGGGUUUCAGGGCUCAGCUUGCCAUUGGCCAUUGGUCCGCUCACUCGUGAAAUGGUUCCCGUAAUUUGUGACCAGUGUUGCCGCUGGGAUAGCCUCUGCUUUAUUUCCUCAUGUUUGAAUGUUUCCCAUGUUUGUUGUGGAAAACAUGUAUAGUAUGCAGCAGAACAAUGAACAAGGAGACGGGAUGAGAUCGGAAUAGUAGCCUGGGUGUCUUUGUUGUACAGAUGUAGAAAUCAGUACAGAUGUUACAGAGUCAAACAAUUCACUGCGUAUUACAGAUGUGCAUCUCUCAUGUGUGUGUGUGUGUGUGUAUGCGUGAGUCUCUUUAGAUGAGUAUUAUAAGUGCCAGUUGUUUCCUGCCUGUUUUCUGACCCUCUGGAAGGUUUCCAAGGACGUGUCUCAGUUAUGGGAAAUUUAACAGAACAUUAGUAUUGCUGGGAAACCAACUCAGCUUCCUGGCAGACGGUCAUUAAGAUCAUCCAGAAUCUUUUGGCAAACUGUGAUAAGUUCAAGCUCUUGCAAAACAGCUUGCUUACACAACCGCACAGUUGCGAGGUUGUGUAAGCAAAGCCAUCCCAGCUGAUAACGAAUCAUUAAUAUAAACAUAAUCUGUUUCUGUGUGAUGCAUUAGCUCUGCAUUUGUAACUGUUGGUAUCCCUGCAAAGAGGCUCAAAAAGUAACAGGCUGUGGAAAUAACAUGAAACAGAUCUUGUGUUUCAUGUUUGUAAGAUGUUACGCCUCUGUGAAAUCAUGUGUGUUGCGCCUCACAAGUCAGUUCAGGCUUAUAUUUUACAUCCACAGCCACAUCAUGACAGAAUAAUCAAAGCUCAGCAGCUUUUUCGGGCUCAGUGUAAAUAAACAAAAUCAGCAUCACAUCCUGAGAAAACUCGUUCCUUUUUCCAGUGUUUGAGCGAGUCCUUUAUAGACAUUAAGGAGGUUGCUAGGUGAGGCUUGGCUUUGCUCGAUACCAAGGUUUUCCCUCCCCCCAGAUUUUUAUUUUCUGUGUCCUUAAGACUGUAAGAAAAGAAAAUCAUGAACAAAAAAAAAUCUUUCUUGACCAUGAAACCACUGAAAUACAGACCUGUGUGUGUGUGUUUGUGUGUGUGUGUGUGUGUGUGCGCAUGUGUGUGUGUGUGAUAGAUAUCUUGUGUAAAUGAAAUUUUUCAGCAACCUAAACACUCGAUCAGCUUUCCACUACUCUAUAAAUGCACAUGCAACAAACAACACUUUUAUAGACUCAGCUAAAAACCUAUCAAAGAAAACUAAAACCUCCACACACACACACACACACACACACACACACACACACACACACACACACACACACACACACACACUCACUCCAUCAUCCUAGCUCCUAGCUAAUCCCCUUUGAGGUGUGCCCAUACACAAAAGUGCACACACACACACACACACACACACACACACACACACACACACAAAGACAGACUUUAUCACACCUUUUAGCCACUCCACCAGAGCAGUAAUCACUACACGUACACUGCACACUGACAUGUCAGUCAUUUUCACACCACGCUUCCCCAUGGGGGGUUAGGGGGGCGGGGCUAGAAGGAGGAGUUUUUAGGGUGCAUUAAACACACAUUUCAUCUCAAACAAAGAGGACAUGAGCUUUACGAGCGAACAAAAACUUGUGGUCUGUGCAUUUUCACAGUACACAAAACAUAAUUAAAUUAUAUGAUGACAAACAGAACAACAACAUGACCUGACAGACAGAGAGAGAGAGCGAGGGAGAGGAGGAGUGUGAUGAAAACAGGGAGAAAAUCUAUCUGCUUAUAAUUCCAGAGGCAUAAAAUUUAUAUGAGGCUGAUGUGAGGGCAGCUGUGAUUUCCAUAGGAAGAGAUGAAGGUGCAUAGAUGUAAUACUGUCCUACAUAAUGAAUGAAUAGAGAGGAGCUGGAGGACAGGGGGCUUUUCAUUCACUAUGUAGGGAGACACACAUGUCAGAUGAUGGACCUAAUGUCAUUUCACAGAUUAUCUGAGUUAAAGGAACGGAGAUCAGGGAGGGGAGGGAGAGACCUGGGAAAUUACAUUCAGUAAUGGUAUAAUUAUACCAGAAAAAUUGGAGAGGACAACUGUUUGUGUGUGUGUGUGUGUGCGUGCGUGCGUGCGUGCGUGCGGCUGUAGAACAGACUGGCCAGUAGAAUGAUUUAAAUUACCACGGUAACCUCAAGGCAGAUGGGCCCAAGUUAGCAAAUUGAGCCUGAUGGCUGAACCCAAAAAUCAGUCUACCACAGGAGGAAAACAGGGAUCUGAGCGGCUUUCACCUGAGGUGGUUCAACUUUUAAUCCAGUAUUAAUUUAUUUACUAUUCAAUUCUUUUGAUCUUUGAGGACUCUGAAAAAUUAACAACAGCCUUCAGCUAUGAAGUCGACAACCCCAAACAAAACAGCAGUUCAAUCAAUAAGACAGAGACAGUCAAUACGUUUUCACUGCCAAUUUACUACCUUACAUAAAAGAAUGAUUGAACCCUCUAACCCAGACUGUAGAGCACACCUUUAACUUAGUUUGUUUUACAGAGUAAUGAAUGUAAAAUAAGAAAAGAGUAUACACAUUAAAAAGAGGAAAAGAGCGAUAUCACUCUUUAGAGGCUGAUGCCGAUGUGGAUAAUGAGAUAGCAGGUUGGCUGAUGCCCAAGUUUUUUAUACUGACGUCUCAUUGUUGCUGUUUUUUUUCUCUGCAUUUGACAAAAUAUAACAAUUUCUAUACUGAGUGUAUCUUUCAUUUAAUACAUUUUAAGAGACAACAUUUGGUUCAGUGAAAUAUUGCUACACGGGACUUACAGAUUUCUGUCCGGUCGUCUAAAAAUAUUAUAGAAUACAAAAAUAUGAGGUUAAAUUAAAAGAACAAAGGGAUUCAUUAAAAAAAAAAAAAAACUAUGAUUAAAAUCAGAUAAUAGGUGGUUACCUCAGCUAGUACCAGGUUCCAGAUGAAUUUUUAAUAAAUUGAUGGUAUUAUAGAGUCUACAACAUGGCUAAUAAAUAUGUCAGAAACAAUACAAAACUGAAUUAUUUAUACAUCAAAAUGGUAUUUAUAUGAAUAGUGACUGGUAAAGGUUAGAUUUGUGUCAAUAAGGAUGAAAAUGGUGUGUUUUCCUUUAGAGUAAAUAACGGUGAUACUGACCUUGUGAGGAGUUGAUUUCAGUUUGCAGACUGAUUAAUCAGUUUAUGUCUUUUGAGAAUAUAACCCACUUAAUCUAAAGCAGUAUGAUGAUGCAGGCUGUUUAGGGGGACACCUGGAGAAGACUUCUUCUGUGUUUAGCAGAGUGCAGAUAAAUGAUCAAUGAAGUAAUGUGCGGUUUUCACUAAAUGCGCAAAAUGAUCUCUUCAAACAGACUCCACAUUGGGUCUGUGUUCAUUUGUUGUUAAUGCAAACUGAAUAGAAUCUGCUGCAGGUUCACUUUAAACCAGCAUAAAGUGAACAUGCUGACUUUGGUCUUGUAAGGACAUGUUUAUACCACAUGCUCCCUUAAGAGUGUCUAGAACCCAGACGUGGCAUCUUACAUUCAUGUUUAUUCAUUCGGUCUUUCCAUAAGUCACCUGGGAGCUUACAGGGCAGAGUGCCUGUUUUGAAACUGUCUUUGACUUUGCUGCUAGGCUUUUUUCAUAAUGAGAAUAUAAAACAGAAACACCAGCUUUAAUUAAGAGAUGAAGAUAAGGAUGAAGAAUGUAAGUGUUUGCUAGAUGAUGAAAUACAACUUUGGGGUGUGAUUUCCACUGUAAGUGCAAGAGUCUGGUCUUGGAUGUAUGCACACACAGAGGUUGGUCUAUAUGUUUGUAACAUAUGCUAUCAAAUCAUAGUGUAAAUGAAGUGUAAAAACAUACAUUGCUUCUAAAUGGGACCACACCUCCUUGAAGAUACUUGUUGCCAUUAUUGAGCUGAGUUUAAACCUUGACAGGUUGAGUAGUACCCCAAUUAUCACUUCGUAAUCUUGCAACUUUUCAAAUACUUCAAACACCUGAGCUUGUUAAGAUCCAAAAUGAUUGUUAUUUGGAACACACAAGCAUUAACACUAGAUUUUUUGAGUUUUGCAGUUUCCAACAAAUAGCUUGCAAAGGAUGAUAUUGUGUUGGAAAUUCAGCUUCAGGAAGUCCCCAGAUUAGUUUAAGUUGUUAGGAUGUAUAAUACAAACUGAAUGUUGCUCUUAAAGUUUUGUAAGAAAAUGUUUUUUUCAAGAAAAUCAGGUAAGUUGACUUUCUGUCGACAUCAUUUUGCCAGAGCAGCUGCUGUGCUUUGAAUUUUAAUUUUAAAUCAACAAGUUAAAAACCAGCCCUGUUUUGCUUAUGUACUAGCUACUGGAAUACAUGAUUUUAAUGUGUGUAUUUUUUCCUUCAGAAAUGGCCUUUCGUUGUUUGACUUUUAGCAGUCAUGAAUGGGUUUAGGAUCAAGGAGUGAUAGCUAUAUACAUUGUACAGAUUUGUUGUAAGGGCACUGCAGUUUUUGACUACAAUAUGUCAAAUCCAUUUUUUGUCUCAGGCUUUUAAGAUCCCUGGGCUGUGUUCCUGAAAUAAACUUGCAUUCCUUUGCAUUGAAAUGAUCUUGAGAAGUGACUCUGUCCAUGGUGCUGAAAUAUGCAGCAGAAGAGGUUUCAUGAAAGGAGUAGUUUUCUCUCAGCUGGGCCUAGAGCGUUUGACGUUGUACAAGUAUGAGGGAGUUUGGACAGUUGUUGAAAUAGCCGGCUGCAGUGUAGUGCAUCUUUGAUGUGUUGCAAUAGUUUUGCUUUUAUUGAAACAAAACGUCCCUGCUGCUGUCUCUGCUCAGUGAGACACUCAGACAAUACAAUGCCUAAAAAAUGAAUCAUAAAAGCUAAUGAUGUUAUUGUUUUCUGAAUAUUUAUCUGUAUGCUUUACAUCACUUCUCUGCACUUUAACCAUUCAAGAUUGAUCACAGUCAUUCUGACUCUUGAACUGCUUCAGGCCAGACAUGGAACAUCAAAGUCUGUGUCAGAUUUCUGAAGAUGGCAUGAUCAUACUGAAAUGUCAAAGCAGGUGGAUUUGUGAUAUGUUCGAGCUGAGGCAGCCAUCGCAAUCUGUUAGCAGUGUUGAAAAGACGCAGGUCACGAACAUAAAGAUUUAGUCUGGAUUCAAGAUAUGCACAUGAGUGACAUGCUGGAACGAGUUGCCCUUGAAUAUCAGACAGGCCUCCUCAUUUCCUGUUUUUAAAUCCCUUUUAAAAACACACUUUUACUCCUUGGCUUUUGAUACUUUUUAGUGUUACUUUGUUUUUUAUCAUUUUAGCACCUGCCGUGAGCCUGCUUAUUUAUUUACUUAUUUAUCCCCUUGCAUUAAUGUAUUUCUGCUCACUUUAUCUUGCUCUUUGUGUUAUUUGUUUUAUGUACAGCACUUUGACUACCCUUGUGGUUAUUUUAAAAUGUGCUAUAGAAAUAAAGUUGAUUGAUUGAUUGAUUGAUGCCUUUGAAACUGAAAUUGGAUGUAUGUAGAUUUAUGCAACGUAUCAUUUCAGAUGACAUUUUUUGACUGUGUUUCUUUCUUUGACUCGUUCUUGCAUUUAAAAUGCCCAUUAUGGAAAAAAAAAAUCAUUUUCAUUCAUAGUUGAGUAGAAAUCGAGCCUUUGAAGAGAAUGAGCAGCUUUAUGGGUCAUGAUUGAAGCCUUUGUGCUGAGGAAAAUGCCACAUUUUGGUGUUAAUUGAAUGAAAAUGUUCCUGUCAUACCUCCUAGUGCUUGUCACUAAUCUAACAUCCCCCCACCUUUGGAUAUAAUUAGCCCCCUUUACCCAGCCACACAUGUUUUUUAGCUGGUGGCCAGACCUUGAGACGAUGCCCUUCAGAUUUGAUCAGUUGUGGUAAGCUUUUUUAGUUCUGUGUAAUGUGCUUUGGUUGCAUUUAAACACAAAGACGGACAUAAAACACAAAGAGUUAAUUUUUUUUCAAUCCCUCUCAGGCUCAUAUUUACUUCCUCUUACCCUAACACGAACUUACACACACACUUACACACACACUAAUGCACACACACUCCUCAGAUGCAGAGCUUUGAUAAUGGCAAACACACCUCUAGCCUCGCACUCCCGCUGGGGUUGGUCUCCCCAACACCUCCUCCUCCUCAUCUUCAUCCACUCUUACUCCCUCCACCAUAUCUCCCUCUUUUCCUCCUACCCCCACCUCCGCCCCUGCCUCCCCCCUCAUGGGGCUGUUGCUAAGGAGCCCUGGUGACCAGGGAGUUUUCUGAUUGGACGAGCGGAGGUGAAAAGAGGAAGCUGGGUGAGGGAUGGAGGGAAGGGGGAGUUUGGGGGGGGGGGAGACGGGGUGAUAAUUUAAAACAAGAUAGGGAGCGAGUGAGAUAGAGAAAGAUGUAGAGACAGAGAGAGAGAGAGAAAGAGAGAGAGAGAGAGAGAGAGAGAGGGUCUGAACACUUUCAUUUAUUUUGGCUGGCACAAAGGAACAUCAUGUCUGGAGACACAAACACACACACACACUUGUAUUACUGCACAUGUAAGGGCCUAUGUGUUUACACCAAGACAUACUUCUAACAAAAGAACCUUAACCUACAUUUCCCUCAUAAACCAUACACUUGACUUUGCAUAUUUACACAUUCAGAGUGAAAGUUUGUGUGAGGGACUUUUGGCUGCUGUUGAUUUUGGUGCCUCCUGUUAGGGACGGGCGAUAAAUUAUUGUUCACGAUUUAUCCUCCAUGAUAAAUAUUUGCCAUCUCACGAUAGAUGCGAUAAACAAAAGUACGCUUUUCUCCUUUUCUAACCUGGCCAAGUUCAUUAGUAGGUAGUGUUUCUAAUAAGAAAUCUCAACUUUGUUUUGUUUAGUUGUGAGAUAAAUUACUCAGUGUGAAUCUUUAAAUGUCAACAAAGACUGUCUCUGCUGUUGUUUUACUCUCCUGUCUUCUUUCAACCCAGUAGCAGUGGCUACCAGCAUUAAAAUGACUGUAUAGGAUACAGGAUCUUGCUUAUUUUUCAGGGCAAGAGGUAUCAUUAUUCAGUUGAGUCUGUGUUAUAAUCUUGCAAAGAAAAUUCUCAAAGUCGAUUCAAGUUAUUGCAGGGUUCCUACACAGUUGGAAUAUCCAUACUUUCCCAUACCCUACUUUUUAGAAUUAUUUUUGGAAAUGCCUACUUUUCUAUUUUAGGAAACAGUAUUUUUAUUUUUUUUUACUGUGGUAAUAGUCUGGAAACCCGCAUAUUUUUCCAUACUUGAUUUUUCCUUUUCCAUACUUUUUAAGACCUGGAAAUUGAUCAAAUUACUUCUAUACUUUUCCAUACUUGGGUAGGAACCCUGACAGCAGUUCCACCUUUAGAUGUGUCUGAAUUCUCUUUGUUUAUAUGUCUGGUAAAUUAUUUUUGUCUUUUGUUCAGUAAAAGGUGAUGUAAUCCGUGAUGACAUAUUUUUUAUGCUGACCUGCUCUGUUUAACACAGACCAGUCGAGACAGACCGUGAUCGCAAAAAUCAUGUGUCUGAUUACAUCAGCAUCAACACCGGCCUUUUCUGCUCACUGGAAAAACAAUGUACUCCUUUAUUUCUUAAACUACACAUCUAGUAUAGAAUCACACAGAUGUCACACAGGCACAAAUACAGGUAGGCAGUGGGCUCAUCCUUAAUAAGUUGUUUGCAGUGGAGCAGAGCUGCAGCAGUCCUGUCAGAAGCCUCUGGCUGAGCCCUCAGCGCCGACCUAACAUUUAUUUAACCUCCAGCUGGCUGCAGCGCUCUCAUCUGCUUCAGUGCAGUUCACUGAUUCACUUCUGUGCUGUCUGCUGCUGGCCUGCACAGCUAAAUACUUUAUAAUAUGUGGAACAUGAUUUCAUGUUGGAAAAUAUGCUAAUGGGCACAUUAAAUCAACACACAGAUAUGACUGUCACUGCAGAGACAAAUGGUGAACUCAUGUAUAAAUCAUUAUGAAGUGGUAGACAUGACAUGCUCCUUUUGUUCUUCGAUUCAGACUGUACUGGAAAGCCUUUUGUGGUGCUGCUGGACAUAUUUGGGCGGCUGCCAGCUCCCAGUGGGUGGGUGUGGUUUUUGACUGUGAGCAGUGUGCCUGAGGGAUCGCUAAAUGCUCUCUUUGUAUGUCAUGAAUACGUGAUGUCGUGACAGAGGUGAGAGGGGACGUCUUUAGUGUGAUUUGAAUGUCAGCAGGAGGUCUUCAAUAGUUAACAUGAAGUGAGGAGGAGGAGGAGGAGGAGGGUUCUUUGUAGAAAAUACUGUACAAGAAAACUGUCAUGAAGCCCGGCUGCAGGGAUCUGUUGCUUUGUUGUACGCUGACUCAGAAAACACAUCGAUCAAGACAUUUAGGUUCUUAAAAGCCUGUCAGUCCAAAUACAUGGAUUGAGAAAACUAGGGAGAAAGGGACCAAGCAUUUUCCAGCAUCCUGGAUCAGCUGGGGUCACAUCAGGGUGAUUAUUUUACCAUAAAUUGCUGAUAUCAGUCCAUGAUUGUUGGACAGAUCGUAGAGAAACGUAAAGAAAGCUUAGGUAAAUUCUAAAUAUGGUAAAACUGUAUCACAAGACCAGAAGUAUGAUGAUAGUAAUGAUAGAGUAUGACGUUUUAGGUCUCCUGGGACACUAAAGUUUUGUUUCAGAGCUGAGAGAAGUGGGCACUGCAGAGACCAUCAUCCAAUGUGUCCAUCAAACCCAUGUGGUCUGAUUGACGGCUCUGCUGUGGAAGCGGUUCGCUCUCCCUGUGUCAAAAAAUGAGAAAGGUGACCUGCCAUCCACAUUUGCCCUUGAAAACAAUGAUGACAGCAAACUGUAGUGCAGACUUAAAGUUAAAAAAGUGGGACUAAAACUUUUGUUACAGAGCAGGAAAAGCAACCAAGUGGGUCAUGGACUACUUUUGUUACGGGAUACGAAACUCUGAUCAUGGAGCGUAAUGUUUUUAUACAGCUCUUCUGUGGUUGAUCAAUGAAAUACGUCUUGCUGAAAUUGUGCAAGCUGUUGCAGUGGUCCUGUGUUUGCAUCCAUACUGUGGAUGCCUUUGUACAUAUAGUGGUGUGCACAACUAGUUCGAUGGGCUCUAGUUAUUUUGGCUGUGUUGCAGGAGCAGCGUGUGCUUGAAACCUGAUUGGCCACCCUGAAUCCGUAAUAGAUUAGCUGGGCUGUGUGAUACUAGUUGCUGUCUUUGCAUUUUGAUGUUGUACAUUCAGAGUAAUAUUAAAUUUUUAAGGUAAAUACAAAUAUGUUAGAGAUUAAAAAGUAGGGCUGGGCAAUAUGGCCUCAAAUCAAUAUCACGAUAUAUUGAGCAGUUCACCACGAUAACGAUAAAUGGACGAUAACUACUCCACAAACUGCUCACUCCCUCUCACAUUAACUUCGUCUACUUCAGCCGACGCUCCAGCCACUUCAGCUUUCGAACCGUCCUCCAUCUCCUCACCUGUCUUUCCCUCUUUGUUACAGACUGACACCAAAUAUACCGAUACGGGCAAAAUGACGUCAGUUAUUGUGGUAAAUUUUGGCAUUGGUAAAUUUUCGUUUUAUUGCCGAGCCCUAUUUAAAAAAGGUAAUCAGGAUCAAUUAAAGCCCUGACUGUGAUUAAUCAGUUAACAAUAAGGAUUUUUACUCACAUUAUUUGCUCUAAAACUGAAGUUCUUUGUACACAUAUUGUGUAUACUGUACGUACUCUUCCUCAGUCUAUGGGCUUACUUGUAUUUGCUCUAUUAUUUCCACCAUGCACACAAUCCUUUCAAUAUUUCUGCUUCAGUUACUCGUGUCUGCAGUAGAAAAUUCACAGCCAUUAUGUUUUUACUUUAAAGAGACUAUGAUCAUUUGCCUGUACAGAAAAACAAGUAAAGGUGUGAAGUGACUUUCAUUUUUCAUUCCCUCAUAGCAGCUAAACAGAUGUGAAGAGUGUCCAGUUUGCCGUUUUUCAUUGUUCGGUCUGAGGUAUCUGAGAUGAAUGAUAUCACCAGUCAGCUCUUCUUUGUGUUUCUGCUUCUCCACCUCUCCUCUCUCCUCUCACGUCUCCUCUGCCCUGUCUUUUCUUCCCUGCUCUGUCCGCCCAUCUUUUGCAUUCUUUAUCUUUAACCUUUUCUCUCCUGUUGCCUCUCCUCCCCCAGCCUCCCCCCUCUGAUUCUCUGCCUCUGUCUUGUCUUUGUGGAAGUGAUGGGUAGAAAACUGACAGGGGGGAACAAACUGAUUGGGAUCCCCCCCCCUCAUCUUGUAGUUACUGUACAGGCAGUCUGAGCUUUCUGUGGUUCACGGUUCUGGAAGAGCUGCAGGAGAUCUGGAUGACUUCACAUGAUGUUGUCCUGUUGUCUGCAAACCUUGUAUAUAUAUAUGUGUGUGUGUGUGUGUGUGUGUUUGGUGUGUAUUUAGCCCCACAGUGCUGCAGUUGGUGGUCUAUCUCUGAGCAUCAAGGGAAAUAUAUAUUGCAGAUACGGCCUGGGCUGAUGUGGAGAUUGUUGCUAAAAUUGCUUUUUUAUGAGAAACUGACAUCAGAUAUGAUGGAUAAGGCGCAGUUUGACUGAUUUGAUAUUUAUCGGUCCAGUAAUAUAAUGUAAUGGUGCCAAUAAACAGAAGACUUGGACUCAGACACAGAGUGGUGGAGGUAACAUCUUUAGUAAAUAUAUGCGGGUGAGUAAAAACAAAACAAAACAAGAAGGAGAAAAAAAACAAAACAGACACAGAUGUUUAAAUCAGAAGAUAAAAGCAUGGUCAAAGAUAUAGAUGCAGGCUCUAGAUACAAACUGUAACAAGAAGAUUGACUGGAAAAUGAUGACGCUGAAAUACUUUCAAUAAAAGCAUUAAAACAAUCAGGCACUCAGUAGGAGCAUAAAAACUACACAAGGAAAAUUGGUUGAAAUGAAUCAGGUGAAACUGUGAUGAACCGUCAUGGGAACAGAAUGCCAACUAUCGAAAAACAUAUUGACCAUAUUUCUUAUUGAUAUUGAGGGAAACUAAUUUUCGAUAUAUAGCGUUAUCAUUUUAUUGCCCAGUCCUAUGUGUGAGUAGUGUAACAAUACUCACGUCAUGACAGGUAUCUGGGUAUUUGUCUCCACCCCUAGUUAGCAAGAAUACUGAAAGUCCUACAGGCCUUUUCAGUGGCCCAAAGGGCUCAGUGAUCGGUGUUUCAACUCAUCAGAUAAAUGUAAAGACUUCAAUGAUAGUUGUUUAACCAAAACUCUCCAGAUUAAAGCCUGAAAACAAGGAUGAUUUCAGAAUCAAAGGAUGGUAAUGUGAGAGAAUAUUGUGAGUCAUUAUGGUUAAAAUUACAAUGAUGGCAAGUAUCAGCAUCAGUUCAAAUUUAUCUGCAUGUCAUGCGCCUGUCAGUCAACGUGUGUGACUGACACAUCAUACAGGCAUUCUUAUCACUGCAGGUGCCACUCAUCACUUAUUAAGCAGCCUCAUAAAACAGCUCAGCUGACUUCACCCCGGGAACUCUGGGAUUGACUUAUCUGAGAGCAGCGGGGUGCUUCCCUUCAGGGCAGAGGAAAAAAAAACACACACCCAGAUUCACACACACAUACAUGCAUGAAUCUGACUGGUCAUUCAAGUAAGCAUGGCCCCCUCUCUUUCCCGCUUUGCUCCAUCUUUCUUUUCAUCUUUCCUUUUCACAGUGACUUUCUUUCAAUUCUUUAUAACCUCUCCUCUUCUGUUUUAUUUUUCAGCUAAAAGAAACCAGUGAUCCUGCCAGUCUUCCCACUGCAUCCCCUCUUUAUCUCCUCUCCUCCUCCACUCUCUCUAUCCAUUUGAUUAAAAGUAGGUCAUUCUCCAACAUCGAGCUGCAGCUCCUACCAAGCAUGUCAUACACAUAUACACGCGUAUCUCCUGGCAACCACAACUCCCCUCCACCAUCCUUCCUCCAUCCUCCAUCCUCAUUUCCUCCUCGUUACCUUCCCUGGAGGUCGUGCUCAGUGCAGAGGGCUGCGUUUACAAUCUGACACUGCUUUGUUUUGUCCCUGCUCUGCUGCUGUAGAGGGGCUGGAGGUUAAUUGGACUGGGCUUUGUUGAGGAAAAGAGGGUUAAAUCCACACAUGCAUACAUUACAUCAAGGGUGUCCAGUGGAAGGGCUCAGUCUACAACUCUGGAUGUAGUCUAGAUGUUUGAGGAGGAAUUACUCAUUUCAUUAGGAUAGAAAAAUUUUUUAAGUCAAGGGUUUGAUUAAAGUCAUUUAAUGGCUAACAUUGAUGGUUUAACCAAAUUACUUUAGGCAUUAUGAUAUGUUGUCUAUAUGAGAAGUUGAGUUGUUUAAGCCUGUUUACAUGAUUGUGACACCACCACUUUAAAUAUUUGAGCAAUUUUAUCUGCAGUAGUCUUUCUGUCUUGUCUUCUUUAGAAUUAUCUUCCUGAGUAUUCAGAAAGAUGAGAUGUUACAUUCUACAACUUCACAAUUUAGAGCUUCGUAGGUGCAUAUCUGCAAUCUUGGAAUGUAUUAGCUUGAGUCUUAUGACUUACUGAGAGUACUUGAGGAGGAAAUGGCCACUUUUUUUUCAGACCUCACACAUGGCCGGCAAUUAUUCUAACUAAGGUAGCACUACCUGGUCUGUGUUUGUUUACAGUCUGACUGCUGACUUCAGAAACAAGAAGCUGGGGAACAGCAUUUACAAGGGAUGUCUGAAAUAACAGGGGCAAGCUAUCUGUGUAACUGAUGACAGCUAAUGUGCACAUUGAACUUCCCACUGAGCAAUAGACAGCAAUUAGAUGUCUAUUUUUUUUUUUAAGACCUAAUUUCAACCGUCUAUAUUCUGUUUAUUUUUAGAUAGAAUUUCGGCGUUGCAUUUUAGCCCAUUAUCUGACAACUAUUUAUUUCAAAAAGCAACUGUGAGUUCAUAACUGAUCUCCAAGUACUUAACCAAAAUAAUUAUGAUAGCCGUUGAGCAAUAUACAGUGUAGUAUAGAUGUAGCCCAGAUUUAGAUUUAGUCUAAAUUUAGACAUCUAGAAAAACUUUCAUUUUUUCUAGGCUACAUUUAGACGUCUAUAAGACCUUUUUCAGACCAAAAAAUACUCAGUGUGUUUGGCAUGUUGGCUGUACAGGGUUAUUUUUAAGGAGAAGAAUCAAAGAACAAAAUAUUUUUUUUCAAUGCCAGUGACAAAAGGAUUAGCAAAACAACACUUUUUGAGUUUAAUGGGGCUCUAUCAGAACGAUAACAAGAGUUUCUGAAAGUAAGAAAAAAAGUGUGGCAAUGAAAACUUGUCAGCGGACUCUAGGUCAAGAAAUAUAACAGCGACCAUCAAAUGUCUUUAUGUUAAAAACAAACAAUAAAUUUGUCUUUACCAAAGAAUCAAAUCAAGAAUCAAAUUGGGGCUCAGUUCCAAUAGUUCCGUGGCAAUAUGAGUUUAAAACACUGGCACAUUAGACAUCAGCAGAAAUGUCCCAUCACUUGUAUACAUGAGAUCUUCUUAAGACAUCUCCUGUAAAAUGCUCUUCAGUACAUAUUAAAUGGAAAAAAGUAUUACUGUCAAAUGACAGCUGAUGGCUGCUAGGAUUACAUGACGGUCAAUGCAGUCUGACAUUCCCCCUCCAAACAUGUGCUGUUUUUCUACACUUUCAAUAACAUUAACCAGUUGUGUCUUAGGAAGCACUGGGAAGCAUCAGGCAGCUGUCCUCACGUUGAACAAGCAGAUGGCAAAAACCUCUGUUUUCUCUAGAAAAAACAAAGAGUUGACAGUAGCUUAACCACCUGGCAAACAGCUACAACACUCUCACGUUUCAGUGACACCAGUUACACCCCUGAUCAACUCCUGGCCUUAAUAUGAUCAAAACACAUUAUCCAGUUGCUGUAAAUAAGUAAUAAGUUAUAGACACACAAAUCGUUUUCGACCAGACUGUAAACACGUAUAAUUCUCCUGUGAAAUCUGGCAUUUAAAAUGCUUAAGAGGUUUAUAAAGUCAGCAAUGAAACAGACCCUCAAGAAACUGCAGUUUCUUUUUCUCUCUUCUGCGUUGGCGUCAUUUUUUGAAACGAGGUUGCCACUUGAUAGAUAUCUUGCCUCUUGAUCUGUGCAUCCAACUCUCAGGUUUCUGAGCUCCAUAAUGGCACAUUAAUAAAUGUAUUACAAGCCCGGGGUCAUGCAGUAACUUCAUUAGCACACAGGAAUAAUGCUCUCCCAUGUUUUGGCUAUUUUUUAGGAUGGAAUGAUGGAUCACCAUCCAUAAGCAAGAUUAGAGUUUCUGCCCACUGAUUGUCAUAAAUAUGAUGAACUCAGUGGCUGAUAACUGGGUUAACAAUGACUCCACUAACACCUCCUACACAUUUCCCAAUUAUCCCAUCAGCUCCAAAGAGGGGUUGUCAUGGCAACCCAUAUAAAGAUCAUCUAUAGUAAGGAAAUGAUGUCACUGUCAUAGAUGUUUCCUGCACAGCCUCAUUAAAAUAUGACCCAUGACCUACUGCUGUGUCUAUGACCACUGAGUGUGUGUGUGUAGAGAGGGAAGAUGGUAAUGGACCCGGGUUCAAAGGCCUUAGCUGGAGGGUGAAUUAGAGGUUGUUGGGUGGAGUUUACAUACACGUAUGAGGGAGAACAUUACACACACAUCCACACACACACAUACAUGAAGAGCUCGGGGGGGAGUCAUUAGUGAAUUGGUGAGUGCUAGACCUGUUAUAGAUCAGUGGGGAAUAGCAGGUAAUAGACUGAACUUUAAAGUGUCCAUACUGACACACACACACACACACACACACACACACACGCGCACGCUCUCUCUCUCUCCUUCCUGUCCCGUGAGGCUGUUAAAAGCAAGUCGGAGAAAGCCAAGCCUGGCAGUAUUGAUGGAAAGCAUCAACAACAUCAGUCGUUAAUUUUUUUUAUUCACUUCACACUUUCAGUCCUUAUUAUUUACUCUCUGUGUGUAAACGCCAUGCUUACUGUCUGAUGUUUUAUUCAGACAGAACUUGCAUUCUCGCCCUCUCUCUGUUUAAUUUUAAAAGAACCCUGCAAAAUUGUGAGGCAAAUCAAGGAAUCUAAUUUUUAACAAUAAGACAGUACAAAUGCCACAAAGAUAGUCACGAGAUAAACAAUGAGAUCCACUUUUUAGACUGUUACUGAACAUUUCUAUGACUUUCGGUAGUUGUUAUUGUCUGACAGUAAUGCUAAAAAACAUGCAAACACACUGUAGCAGUAUUGAUAGUGGGUUUGUAUUACACUCAUCUAAUCUGGGCACCUGAUUGACAUCCAUGUAUCUGCUGUAGAUGACAUAUUCAGCACCUGUGCCUGUGAGGGUUAAUUUGAAAGAGAUUCGAGAGUCCUUCAGUAGUAAAGCUUGAGACCAGAUCCAGCAAGCUUAUUGAGUCAUUAUUUUACAAUCAAAGCACUCCCCCGUGUUUGUUUUCAAUUAAGACUUAAUUACUUGAUCUUAAAUAAAUGAUAAUGGGUUUAGAUCAAAUAAAGUGAAUGUAAUAAGCUCAAACUGCUAAAGUGAGCACAUUUUCCCAACUAAUUACAUUUAAUUACACAGUCAUUGUUGGAUGAUCCCCUGCUCAUAUUUGGACAUGCACUGUGCUUUAUGAAAGCAGGGGUUGCAUGUUUGUCGCGUUGAAUUUACACUGUAUCUCAGGUGCAAAACGGUCCAUUUGGAAAGAUUUGUUUAGCCACUGGUCAAUCACAAUGACCCACAUAGAGGCAAAUACGGAAAGUUUAGGCUUAUUAUUUACUCUUGUGAACAAAAUAUUUUAUACACGCCUCAUUCAGAGUUUCUGCCUUCAUACUAGUGUUGUGUCAGUAUAUUUUUAUCAUGCCUAUCGUGUCUUUUGUGCAUGCAAAACUUAUAAAGUCCUUUUUUAACAAAUCAAACCCUGAUUUCCUGGUCAAGAAGCUGUAUGAUGAGUCAGCAUAUCAGUCACAGCGCUCAUUUUCUCAUGGUGCUCCACAAGGCUCAGUUCUGAGUACACUUCUUUUUCUUAAUUUGUCGAUAAAUAUCAAAUCAUUCUCAGAAAUGUUUUCACAUAUCUAUUAAUGUAUGGUACUCAGCCCUAUUUUUUAAGACUUAACAGGACAUUUUGGGGGUCUCAUAGUAUAAAUGGCACAAAGAACUGCACAGUAGACCAGACAAUCUUUACAUCUCCAGGCCUUGUUCAUGUCUCCUGUGCUUCCUGCCACAAUAUGCAUCAUAUCUGAUAAAUCUUAAUAAUUGGACAGCUACAUCUCUUACCACAGAAAUAUCAGAUCAUACAUCUAUAAGUGUAACUGCUGAACUCUGCAUGUUUGUGUAUGUUGGUAGUAGUACAUAUAGCUGCAUUCUGAUUCACGAACAGUCUCCUCAAGUAGGGCAUACUACUACUGUGCCCUUGGGCAAUGCACUUAACCCAGUUAAACAUUUCUCCUGCAGAUGUUCAAUAUGUGCCAUACCGUAGUCUGAGGGGGAUGUAUUUCCGAAACACAUAUUGGAGGAACUGUUUCAGUAUCAGAUUGGGGCAUAGAAGAUGUAAAAGCAAUUACAUUACUAUAAUGUAAUAAUAGUGUUAGUCUUAAUAUGCGGAGGUAGUUUUUAAUUACACAGUUUGAUACCCCUAUAGAUGCAUUUAAAAUCAUACAUCAUCCAGAAUUACAUAAUAAAAGAAGCGGUGCUCUCUGAAAUAUUCAUGCGCUGUGUGGCUAUACAACAUUUAUCUGACUUUCAACCAUAUUUACAUCUAAGCUGUGCUAUAUUCUGCAUCACACUGAGAUAAACACUACAGCCCUCUGUGGCUACAUGCAACAUCUAAAACAUCUUGUCAUAGUCAGAGUGUGUUUGUGAAGGUUUGAAAGAUAACCAGUAGAAGCUCAGCAGGACUACUUUCUGCAUGUAAACAACUGUGGUCACUGUAAGAGAGUGAACGCACAGAAGAUACUGUGUUGGAAUAAACUUCAAGGAGGACUGAAUGCUGGUGGUGCUAGCUCUGCUAAUGUUAUCGACAUUCGACAAAUCAAUCUAGCAUAGUUUAGCCCUGUGUAAUGUACUGUGCUUGAGUGUUUCCUUACCUUUAGACUGGUCAGUUUAGUUGGGAGUUGGAUUUACCUUAAAUUUCAGUUAAUUGACUGGGACGUUCGCACUUUGUAAUGAAAGAAACAAAAUACGGACAAAGAAAAAAUCAACAAAAAUAUUUAUUGUUGCAGACUGUAUAUAUAUAACUCUUCAGUAAAAAUGGGCAUUUGGAUGUGGGCUCUGAUGGUUUUCUUUGGCUUUUGUAGGCAGCCCAGAGUGGACACUUGUGGAUAGCCGUUCUUUUACGCUACACAUCAGCAUUUACCUCUAGGGCUGCUGCUUGGAUUUAAAUCGUUGUAAUUCUUUGGAAACUUAUUUUGGGAGCUAUUGGUGUAGCCUCUGGGGACCAAGAAUCAUAAUUUCAAGGCAUCUGGUACAUCUAGCAGUUAUAUCCAGAUACCUGAAAUCCAAGCCUCAAUAGCAAUGUGGCAUGAGAAAUACAUGUCUACAAUUUUGUCAUGCACUCACAUAUUUCUGUUGUUAUUGAUAAAUGAAAAGCUAACACAUUAUAAAUGUCUGGGGAGGUGUGCUCUGUUUUUGUUGUUCUUCAGGCAUUUUUGUCCUGCAUACUGCAAAUCCUGCUCAAACCUGAUUUGUCAAUACUGCUCAGAUUUCAGCCCAACAAAGAGCACCUCUUGUAGUAGGUUUGAGCAUUAGCUUCUGUCAUCCCAGCUGGGAGAAAUGUCGUUUUAUUUCUUGGUCAAAUCUUAAACAGUGAGUCCAUAAUAGCAUGUAACUGGGUUAAGAGACUCUUGUGUGUAGUUUUUCACAGUAACGGAUGUUUUUGUAUCGACUGAGACAUUUUUGUUCCUGUAGCUCAGACUUUAUUGGAGAUGAAGUGUGUGUUUUAUUUUUCCAUGGAGGCUUUUUCACUGAGCUGUAGGCAGACAGUGUGUGUUUCCGUGUUUUUGUGCAGCAGCAGCAGCACAGUCGAGACGGACAAAAAGAAAGAGAGAGAAUGAGCAUCGUUUGAUCCUAAGGGCAGUGGCUGGCGUACAACUGUGCUCUUUGAAAGUGCAAACACUCAGUGGGAGAAACAGCAGUGCUGCAGACGGUCCUAAGGCAUGUUUGUGUAUGUGUGUGCGACUAUUACAUCUUCCUCUUCUUUCCUGCCUUCAGACUAACAAAGACUAAUGAGCACAUUUGACAGGGGUCGUCUACUCGGAUUUUAUCCUCAGUCCGUCUCCUUGCACAAACUAACUUCAGCUUGUUCAGCUGUGAACAUAUUAAAUACAUGGUUGUAAUUAUUUUCCGUCCGUCUGUCUCAUCAGGUCUGCUGA